GGGAGGGAUUUCUGCUGACUGAAAUGCUAUAAAUGUAUCUUUCAGGUUUUAGGGCAAAUCAGACGCAAAAUGGCAGAAGGGAAUUCUGGAAGAGGAAUGAAGGGCAGUUCAUCUAGUACUGACCCAGAGAAACCUUUGACAGGAAAAAAAAGUACAACCAGGUCAGGCAAGCAAAGCAGAGAAAAGAAUGAGUGCAUUAGCAGGGAAGAAGGAGACGACAAGCCUCAGGAUAUCCAUUUAAACCGGGGCAAAUCAGUAAAUGGAAGGAGACAACCCAGUACUAAAGCAGAAUCAGGUGACAAGAAGCAAGGGAAACUUAAAAAGGAAGACACUAAAGCGUCAACUCAAACUAGGGCAAUGGGAACAAUACCACGGACACACAGCAGAAAGAAGACCACCAAGGAGUCUACUGAUUCUCCUAAAUUUGAAGAUAGUGUGGCAAAACCAUUCAGCACUCAAAGAAAGAGUAGCAAGGUAUCUACAGACAUGGCAUCACAACCCCAAACAAAUCAGGAGACACCCAUUCCAUCUCGUGAAAGUCGUAGAAGACUAAAAGAUGUAUUGAAGAAACUGAAACUAAAAAUGGAUGAAAUUUCAGCUGCAGCUCAGAUAGUGAAUAAUACUAUAGAUAACAUUCUCAAGUCUGCCUGUUUGAAAGAACAUCCUAUAUUUAAGAAUAUUUUAAAAAUGAAUACUGGAAGCUACUUUGAAGGGCUUAAGGUGAGAGAACAAAAUCUUCUUGAUACAAAAUUACAAUUCAUUUUAUAUGUAACUCUUACCUUUUUGAAGGCUGAUAAAGUGAUUUCUCUGCUCCUCUUCCUAAUAGACAAAAGCCUCCUAACCCUAUGGACCCUGGCUAUUUUCAUAAACCCUCUGAUCCUAACAUUAGAAUUGGAUCAUCCUUUUUAAUGGUGCUGUAGUGGCACUGUGCUCUGUUGAACACAACACAAUUGAUUUGAACUGUUUAUUGGGUUUGCCUGCAGCUGUUUGUGGGGUCUUUUUUGUCUGUGGGAUGUAUUUUUAUCCCAUAAAUGUCAGUACAACAGAAGUUUUUAGGAUACCUAAUUUAUCCCCAAUGAGAAGUACCAUGCUGAGGCUGCUAUCGGUACACACAUUUAGUUUAGUGAACUAAGCAAUGUGAAGCUCUUGGCAGAGCCACAGUCCACACAUGCAAGGUCCAUGGUUUGGCUCUUUCUCCAUGGACUAGAUAAAGCUUAGCUCACAAUUUCAAUCUGGCAUGCAGGCACGGCAUGGAGAUUUUUGACAAAACAGCUUGUAUUCCUAGCAUUACAGUAUCCCGUUAAGAAAUGAGUGAGAUUUUAUCAUAGAUAAAGAGAUAUGUUCGGUUAAAACCAUGGGAGAGAUUGGAGGGGUAACAGGUUAAAAAGGCAUGCCGUGUGGGAAUUGAGGUAUUUCAUGUGAAGAGAGGUUAGUAGACUUAAUUGGUGUUUAGAAAACCAGGUAAUUUGUACUAUAUAUCUAUAAAUGUAGUGAUUACCCUGGGGAGGGUGGGGUGUGGAGUAGAGUGGGUGGGAAUUAUUUUUCCAAAAUUUAAUGCCACUGCAUAAGGCUUUAGCUGCAAGACUUGGUAGCUGUGAACUUAUGUGUUGACUUGUUUGGGACACACAGGCUCAGCAAAAAGCUUAUAAUGUUUUUGUUUGUUUUUUCUUUGUGAGAUGUUCUAUGCUCUUUUAAAUAUAUAAAAAAUGUAGCAAAUUACAUUAUAAUCCAAUACAGACAAGGCAAAUCUAGGCCCAAAAUUGCAAGUGCGAAAUAGAAAUAGUAACAUGGUUUCAUUUCUCCUCUUCUCUGUCUGCUUUUUUUAUGCCAACAUCAGCGUGUAAAGAACAACUUCUAACAAUGACUGGCCGAGAGCUAAGAUGGAGGCACCCAGUUGUAGGAUAAAUUGGCUUUUUUAUUUUUCAUUCAUCACAAAUACAUAUUUGUUAAAUAUAUAGAUCAGUAAGAAUAAUAUUUAAAAAAUCAUGGAAAUUAACAUUUCCACUUUAAUGAAUAAGUAAAAUAAGUUGGCAAUCCUCUUUUGUAAAUUUUGCAAUGCUUUUUUCAGUUAUCAAAAAGAAAUGGUCCUUCUUCAAGCAGUGGACCUAUGUGGAGUGUGGAGGAAUUCUUAUUAGAUCCACUUUAAACGCAUGCCCAGAAGGGAUUAAUUAGGGUGCUUCCUCUUUCACAGCUGGGUUUUUAGGGAAAUUUUCCGCUCUAUAACACUAGCUAUCUUGGUUCCCAACUCUUUUUAAAAAUGAUACAGGAGAGUGUAAUAAAAGGAUAGGAAGUAUAUUUUCACAUAAAAUGUCCAAAUAAUAUGUAUGGGUGAGAACUAUAAAAUUACACAAAAUGUUCGAAAAAUUUAUAAAAACAGAACAUAAAGGACAAGUGGUGACAUAAUAAAGUUUAACGUUACAGGAAAAUCUUCUCUAAGAGCAAAGCAAACAAUAUACUCACAAAAACAUUUCCCAUACAAAUAUAAAAUCUGAAAUGUAAAGCCCUUGUAUGGUGCUUAGUAUAUUUAGUAUACUUCAUGUUUGUUUAUAUUAAGUACUCACAAAAAAAUGCCAAAUGGAGCAACGGAAGCAAUUAAUGAAGUGAAAUAGUAGUCACACACAAUAAAAGAUACUGAUCACUUUUUAUUGUAUUUUUGUACUCAUUGAACUUUUUUGGUUAGGCAUUGAAUAAGCUAAUUUUGACGUUAUUGGCACAAGUUCCAAUUCACUGAAUGCUAGAAUAGAUCAUUUAUGUUGAGUGAGAACCCUCUGAUGCCAUUACCUUGAGUAUAUUUGUUGCAUAUGAACGAACUGAGUGGGAACUUUAUUUAACAAGAACUUCUUUCAAGUACCUUGAUGUUAUGCAGCCACUACAAUAAGAGAAUCAUAUUGUCAUUUCUGUAUACUUUUGCCCAAAUUUGAAACAGAUUUUAUAAAGAAAAUAUUCAUCACUUCCCCAUAAAACACACAUGUGCUUAGCAAGGGGUUAAUAACAUAAUAACAGCAAGUAAUACAUAACAUAGUAAGGCACAGAAACAUAAUAAUGAAACACAGACUCAGAUGUGUGCUAAAAAGGUCGUGGUCUUUCAUUUAGUUUACAAAUUAUACAAACGUAACUCAUUUACUUUAAAACAUGUAAUUUCUAACCAAACAUCUCCGGUCUUUAACCCCUUAAGGACCAAACUUCUGGAAUAAAAGGGAAUCAUGACAUGUCACACAUGUUGUGUGUCCUUAAGGGGUUAAACCCCCAGAGAUUUAACACAUAACUCACCAGAGUUCCGCCCUAUUAGCCAGAACCCAAACAAAAUGAUAACGUAACUCCCCCCCCCUUUAAAUUAGGCAGGUGACCCCACAAGCUGCAGCAUGCAACUAAUGCUGCAGCCCACCCCACCAGACCAAGGCCUUAUCGAUCAUGCACUGUAAAUCAUUAUUAAAAAUAUCUAAACCGAUAUCAGAUAAAUGAAUACCAUUUCUUAUAAACAAACCUUCACACUGCCCCUUAAUGUCGACAUGGCGAAAACAAAAACCACGAACUGAUAGCAUAAAUUUCAGACCAAAUAAUUAACAAGCCGAGAAAAUUUGCUUAAAAUGAAAAACAUCCUCCUUAAGUUGAUGAAACAAAACCACUGACUUAACUAUGCCCACAUCAUUCCUACCAUAAUGAAAAAUAAUAACAUUUGGCCAAAACAGCUUUGUAAAUCUUUAAAAACUUCAUCCCUUAAUAAACCCCUUACACCAACCCAAUAAAUGAAAGCGGUCUCAUUAUCAAAACUCAAGUUUUCGCCAAAUGACCUCUCCACAGCUCUUCUAUGUGCCUAGUGGAUGAAAGAAUGGCCUACUAUCCAUAUAAUCACAGGCCCUUAUAUCUGAAACAGAAAGAAUCAAGUCAUUAAGCAUUAAGGUCUAACAUAACUUUUAAAUCUGCUCGAGGACCAUCAACCCACUUUCUUAACUGACUCAUUCGAUAGACCAUGUGAUUCAGCCUCUGUUGCAGCACCUAUACGAAAUAAAUGAGAUGUAAUCUGUAGCGGAGAUACAAUUUUCCACAGAUUAUCUCCGCUUAAGAUCCCAGUGAGGCUCAGGAACAAGUAAAUUAUAAAUCCACAGGCAAGGUUUCCAACAGGCAAAAUAAUCCCAUAGUAUCCCCACAGCAAUCCCAAUGACUGGACGACACACAGCAUCAGGAGCAGAACUGCAAGCUUUAUUCCACAGUGGCCUUUUAAAGCAUGCUCCCAUGCAAAGGAGGGAUUACAUUCAUUAACACAAUAGCCAAUCCUGUCCUGGUAACCUCCCACACAUCUCCUCCCCUCAGCCGGCAUCAUAAUCCCCUUAUCCAGUACAGCAAUUCCCCCCAUUUCUGGAUGUACCCCUAAAUCUAGGGGUACCACUUUAAAUUAUGCAUCCCCUGGUAGCCCUGAUCUGGGUGAACAACAUAUCCAAAAAGAUUUGGACCAGGGGUUCGGGAAUUUCAUGGAGGGAAUAAAAUGACCGACCGCACUGGAUGAACUAGCCGAAUUGGGCUCCAUGUGAUUGGGCCCUGCGGUUGGUCCUGGAACAGGCGAAUGAAGUACCUGAAAGCCUCCAGCUAUAGAGGCUGGGGAGGGUUCGCCUGAAUCCCCUCGUUCGGUUGAUUAUGCCUACCGAACGAGGGGCUGAUGGAGGUCUCAGCGUUGUUCGCCUAGUCGAGUGUCCGUUUUGAGUUCCAGACACUCGAUGGCAAAACACCGCUGUUCGGGAGUUUAAGAUGGCCUCCGCCACGUGUUCGUUUCCCGAAUGGCGGCCACCCCCGAGAACAAAGGAUUGCUACACAGCUUGUCAAUUACCCGUUCGCAACAAUGUUGAAACGAGUAAUUGAAGGCACACUUCAUACAGGGGAGGUCUGACUCUUCGGUAGUUUCAUUCGAACAAACUAAGGGAAUGAAACUACCUAACAUUCAGAUGAAUACAAUACAUUUAGCACAUAGAAAUUUGCUAUUUUACACAAAUGCAUUCCCUUACUGCAUAUACAUUUAGCCAGGGCCGUCUUUAGCGCGGGGCAAACGGGGCAGCUGCCCCGGGCCCAGUUUCUCUUGGGGGGCCCGAGGCACCUGCCCCGUGGGCCCCGCUGCCCUCAUCAAUUAAUUUUUUUCCCCCGUCCCACCGGGUGGCCCAUGCACUUAGGGCAGUGGCGUACAUACCAGGGUCGCGGCUGUGACCCUGGUAUGCACCCACAGGGCCAGCAUCUUCCCCUGGGGGGCCCAGGAGGCGGCCACCCCAGGGCUCCCCUGAGGCUGGCCCUGCUGACCCCGGCGGGCGGGUGGCCGGUCGGGCAGGAAGGCGGGCGCGCGAGGGAGCCCUCAGUGCUUCCUCUUCAGCUCCCUCGCGCACCGCACUGAUACCGGAGCCAGAAGAUGAUGUCAUCUUCCGGCGCCGGCAUCCCUACGCGGCACUGAGUGCUCCCUCGCGCGCCCGCCUUCCUGCCCGACCGGCCACCUGCCCGCCGGGGUCAGCAGCACCACUGGACCCCAGGGAAUCCCCCCAGCACUCCAAAAGGUAAGGAGGCUGGGGGGAUUACAUUUAAAAAAAAAAUGUGUGUUUAUGUGUUUGUGUGUUAGUGUGUGUUUGUGUGUUAGUGUGUGUUUGUGUGUUAGUGUGUGUUAGUGUAUGUGUGUAGUGUGUGUUUGUGUGUUAGUGUAUGUGUGUUAGUGUGUGUGUGUGUGUCAGUAUGUCUGUCUGUGUGUCAGUAUGUCUGUGUAUGUUUUUGUCAGUAUGUCUGUCUGUGUGUCAGUAUAUCUGUGUGUGUGUGUUUCAGUAUGUCUGUGUGUGUGUGUCAGUAUGUCCUGUCUGUGUGUGUGUCAGUAUGUCUGUGUGUGUGUGUCAGUAUGUCUGUCUGUCUGUGUGUGUGUAUAUCUGAGUGCGUCAGUAUGUCUGUUAGUGCAUGUGUAUGCAUGUGUCAGUAUAUCUGUCUGUGUGCCAGUAUGUCUGUGUGUGUGUGUGUCAGUAUAUCAGUCUGUGUGUGUCAGUGUAUGUGCCUGUGUGUGUGUGUCAGUAUUUCUCAGUGUAUGUGGGUGUCAGUAUAUCUGUCAGUGUGUGUGUGUCAGUAUGUUGAUCAGUGUAUGUGUCUGUGUGUGUGUGUCAGUAUGUCGGUAUAUGUGUCUGUGUGUCAGUAUGUCUGUAUAUGUGCCUGUGUCAGUAUGUCUGUCAGUACGUCUACCAGUGUAUGUGUCUGUGUGUGUGUCAAUAUAUGUACCUGUGUCAGUGUGUCUGUCAGUGUAUGUGCCUGUUUAUCUGUAUGUAGUCAGUGUAUGUAUCUGUGUAUCUGCUUGUGCGUCAGAGUGUGUACCUGUGCAUCUGAGCCGCAACUUUAAAUACAAAUACACCCCUCCAUUCAAACUUCAACACUACAUAUAAAACACACUCCUGCAUUGAAACGUCAACACUACAUACAAGCACACUCCUACAUUCAAAAACAAACACUACACAUAAAUGCACACUUGCAUUCAAACUCCAGUACCACAUACAAACACAUUCACACAAACAUACUCCAUACAAACACAUGCUUACAUUCAAACAUACAAACAUGGCUCAGUGCUAAAUACAACCCUGCAAGCAUGGGAAAUUGGUAGAGUCCCAGCUGUCAAAGCAUUGUUGGAGUUGCACGACAGAUGGGGUUCUACCUUUAGUCCAACCUUGCAAUUGGGGGUCCCAAUAAAAUUCAUUCUACUUUAGUACCGCCACUGCGUUGGGAUGGAUGCCGUGAUUGCAUACCAGGGAGUGAGGGGCGAGAGCGGCAGGACCCAGGGGGCCCAAGCAAACACUUGCCCAGGGUCCAUUCGUUAUUAAAGACGGCCCUGCAUUUAGCAAAUAGACGAAUACAGGUUAAACAUAAUACAAGUCCCAGGGCAGCUCAUGGCCAUCCGCUACAUAAUCCUUUUAUCAUCAAUACUCAACUCUUUACAUGAUAACUGAAGAACUUUUCGAAAUUGAAAUUUAGAAAGAGGGACCCCUGACCAGUGUAUUAAAAGACUACCUUGACCCUUUAGACGAAUACUUAAAUAAACCCUAACUGCCUUAACUGGACAUAACGAAUGAUGUAUAGCUCCUAACUGAACCCAUUGACCUUUCCCUUGCUGGUCAGUUUUUGAUAUUCUUAAUAAAAAAUGUAAAAGCCCAUCUUGUAAAUAUACUUCCUUAAAUUAGAUACCCGAAUGGCAAGACUUGUUAGCAGAAACUAAUUCGCUGAUUCUAAAUCCCCCAAAAAAUGCUAAAAUAAUAGCAGUGGUAAAAAGCUGGGGCUCAAAUGUAUCUCUAUAAACGGAGCUCAAAUUAUUUACCAAAUCAGCCAAUAUUUGAAAAGAGAUAGGGGGCCUGUCAUCUCGUACUGGUGCUUUCUCUAACCAAGCCCCUUUUAACUUUUGCUGAAUAACACAUUUUUUUAACAACAGACUUUUCCCCAAUACUUUAAGGGAGAAAAAUGCAUAAUAGGGCUCUUUUAAAUGAAAAAUCAGAUACACCAACCUGAAUUUUUGUAACAACAUAUUGAAUUGCAUCCUGUAUAGUGGGAUCAGUAGCUCCGCGCGGCACUCACACAGCGAGACUUGCAGGGGAGCUGACAGAGGAGCUUACCGGAGGAGAGAGAAGGGAGCUGACAGGAGCUGCAGGAAAGGUAAGUUACAGCUCUCUGCCAGCCCCCUCCUACACAGUGCACACCACUGGACCACCAGGGAAUGAGAGCCCCCGUCCCUGGCCAGGUAUCAAGCAGGGAGGGGGGACGAAAAAAAAUAAAUACAAAUUUAAUUAAUAAUAAAAUAUUAAUCAUAUUAAUUAAUAAUAAUAAUAAUAAUAAUAAUAAUAAAAUAAAAAUUAAAUAUUAAUAUAAAGAAAAAAUUUAAAUAUUAAAAUAAUAAUAAUUAUUUAAAAAAAACAAUAAAAAUGCCCAACCCCACCAAGGCUCUGCAUCACAUACACAACACACUUUGCAUCACACACACACUGCAUUAAUACACACACAUACACACUGCAUUCAUACACACACUGCACUCAUACACACACACUGCAUUCAUACACACACUGCACUCAUACACACACUGCACUCAUACACACACUGCACUCAUACACACACACACUGCACUCAUACACACACACUGUUCUCAUACACACACACUGCAUUCAUACACACACACUGCAUUUAUACACACACACUGCAUUUAUACACACACACACUGCACUCAUACACACACACACUGCAUUUAUUAUAUACACACACUGUAAAUAAAUAUUCAAUUAAUAUGAUUUUUUGGGGAUAUAAUUUUAUUUAGAAAUUUACCAGUAGCUGCUGCAUUUCCCACCCUUAUACUUAACUCAAUACGUUUUCCCAGUUUUUUGGGAUAAAAUUAGGGGUCUCGACUUAUAUUCGGGUUGACUUAUACUCGAGUAUAUACGGUAGUUAUUAUAUGCCGUCACAUUCUAUGUUUCUAUGUUUCAGCACCUUCACUGCUGAAUGCCCUCCUCUUAACUUCCUCAAUCAAAUGCUCCAUAGCUAUUCUCACAAUAAAAUACAAAGACUUGCUAUGAAAGAAAAACAGCUCUACAGUUAACUUUUUCUUCUUUCUUCUGGCACCAAAUAUCAUCUCAGGGCGCCUAAUAUAUCCCGUUUUUUCCCGCUCCAGAGCGCCCUCAUGGAAAGUUAUGGAAUGGAGGCAUCUCUUGGAAGGUUCCAAUGAGCCACUUUUUUCCGAUCAUAAGAAUUUGGCUUAUAUUGGGGAUGCUAAGAGAUUGUCCUUCCGACAGGCUAGAUGGUCAUUAUUCCUCUCCCGGUUUAAUUUUACACAGGCCUGGUACAAAGAAUACCAAAGCAGAUGCACUCUCUAGACAGUUUGAGACAGAUGAAGCCCCUGAACAAGAGGUAUCCCCGAUCGUACCUCCAGAAUGCUUUAUUGCUACUACAGUUACUGAAAUAUCUUCUCCACUCUUUGGUGCCAUAAUAGCAAAUCAAACUCAGGCACCCGUGGGGAAACCUCUGGACAAACUGUAUGUUACACCCUUAUUAAGGAAGAAAGUAUUUGGAGUGUUUCAUGAUAAUCUGACAGCAGGACAUCCUGGAAAACAUAAAACUCUCUCUGCUAUUUCCAGAAAAUGUUGGUGGCCUAUACUCAGAGGUGACGUUAAAGACUAUGUAGGGGCAUGUCAAAUAUGUGCGGUUUCUAAAACAUCUCAUCGAUCUCCCCCUGGGUUGCCACAGCCACUUCUGAUACCCGAUGCUCCAUGGACCAAUUUAGCCAUGGAUCUCAUUGUGGAACUUCCCAGUUCUAAUGGGCAUAACACCAUCCUCAUGGUGGUAGAUAUAUUUUCCAAGAUGGCACAUUUUAUACCUCUUAAAAAAUUAAAAGAUCUAGUCCAAAUUUUCAUAAAGGAGAUCUUUCGCUUACACGGAGUACCAAAAAACAUUGUUUCUGACAGAGGUACCCAAUUUAUCUCUAGGUUCUGGCGUGCCUUCUGUAAACAGUUGGGCAUAGAACUUGCAUUUUCCUCUUCGUACCACCCUCAGACUAAUGGCGCCGCAGAAAGAGCCAAUCAAUCUUUAGAAUCCUAUUUGCGUUGCUUUAUCAAUGCCAGCCAGUCCAAUUGGUUCGAACUCUUACCCAUGGCUGAAUUUGCCAGAAAUAAUGCGACUCAUGAAUCCUCGAGUCAGAGUCCAUUUUUUGUAAAUCAAGGUUAUCACCCCACUAGUUUACCUUCUGAAUUUUCAGGCACUGAUAUUCCUGCAUUAAACACCCGUUUGACUUCUAUCCAAGACACUUGGGAUUCUGUUCAUUCAGCAUUACAGAAUGCCUCUAAACGUACUAAAGUUCAAGCUGAUAAGAAACUGGGUGCCAAUACUGUUUAUCAAGUGGGGGCAGUGGCGGAUCCGGGGGGGCAACGGGGCAAUUGCCACCCCGAGAAAUCCGCCGGUCUCCCUCUCCCUCCCCUGCCAGCACAUGCAGGUGCUAGCCCUGCAAUGUGCCUGCGGACCGGAGGGGAAAUCACAGAUCUCCCUCCCCAGUCCGCAGGCACUGUGCUGGCAGCCGGUAGGGGAGGGAGAGGGAGGACCCGGGAUCUCAGCCUGCAGCUCCUCCGGGUCCUCCUCUAGCGAGAUUUGGAGCGUUGCCGCAGUUACCACCGGACCACCAGGGAUCGAAAUAUGUCCCCCCUCCUCCUCCAUAAAGGUAAGAAGGGAGGGGGGACAUAGAAUAUUUAUUUUAAUUAAAUAAAAAAUAAAUACAUAUAUUAUUAUUAAAAAAAAAAGCCCCCCUACCCUUAUCACACACUCUAUACACAUACACACACACUGCCGCAUACACAAACAUUGCCCCCCAUACUGCCCCCCAAACACACACACUGCCCCCAUACACACACUGCCCACCAUACUGCCCCCAUACACACACACUGCCCCACAUACUGCCCCCAUACACACAUUGCCCCCCACACUCUACACACACACACACUGCCCCCCCAUACACACACAUUGCCCUCCAUACACACACACUGCCCACCCAUACACACACACUGCCCCCAUACACACAUACUGCCCCCAUACACACACACUCUACACACACACACUGCCCCCAUACACACACAUUGCCCACACUCACACAUACACUGCAAUACUCACACACAAUGCAGCUGUUACACACACAUACUGUUCCACACAUACACUGCAUCUCUGACAUACACUGCCGCCCUCACUCACAUACUACAACCUUCACACACACACACUACUCACACACUGUCCCCCCCCCCACACACACACAUACUGCACCCCUUACACAUUGCACCACUCACACACACCACUGCUCAUAUGCCCUACUACAGCCCCAUUUCCCAGCAGACCUCAGGUAAGUUGUCAAACUGUUCUUAAACGGUUUGACUACUUACUCUGGGAGGGGGUCCCGGCACUGUUGACACCAUAACCACUACACUGAGCUGUAGUGGUUAUUGUGUCUGGAUUAUUUCUUUAAAUAAUCUACAAGUGCCCCUCCCAAGAUCAGGCUCUGGAUCCGCCACUGAGUGGGGGACAGGGUUUGGUUGUCCACAUGUCAUAUCAAACUCAAGGUUCCUUCUAUGAAACUAGCUCCUCGAUUCAUAGGUCCCUUUCGUGUCCUCCGUCGUAUAAACCCUGUGACUUAUUCAUUGGUACUCUCUGCUCAUAUGAGAAUUGCUAAUUCCUUCCAUGUAUCAUUGCUUAAGCCCCUCACUUGCAAUCGAUACACAAAAAUUAUUGUUCCUCCUCCGCCCUUGGUAGUAGGUGAUCAAGAGGAGUACGAAGUCCAAACUAUUUUAGACUCCAGGUUCUCUAGAGGUGUUCUGUCUUAUCUGGUUGACUGGAAGGGAUAUGACCCGGAGGAACGUAGUUGGGUUCUUGCGGACCGGGUUCAUGCUCCCCGUCUUGUCCGGUCGUUUCACAACCGUUUUCCUCGCAAGCCGGCUCCUUCCCGCCCGGUGAGCGGUCUUCGAGUGGGGGGUACUGUCACGGCCCCCGGCUCGCCGCCAUGUGCGUCCGUGCCCAACCGGCACGACCACACCAACUCACUGAGCUUACCUGCUCAGCGGCGAGCCAGGAACCGCUCCUCCACGCUGCUCGGGGAAAUCCAAGAUGGCGCCGACCAUGAGGUCGCGUCCAUCCAUGGCUCCACCCCCCAAAAUUAUACGAACGUGCGCGUGACAUCACAACGUCAAGGCACGCGCACGUUCUGGGGUCAGAGGUCACCCUCUGACCAAUCAGAGCCUAGAGAGGGAUAUUUAAAUCCCUAAUUCACCCCAGUACCUUGCCCUGUCGUGGUUUCCUGUUCCUGGUUCCCUAGGGCAAGAAAUAUAUAUAUUUUUUUUAAAUAGCCUAUAACAACCCCCUCCCCCACCUCCCACAACAUAUUAUUGCCCACAACAUAUUAUCAAAGGAGACUUAUAAAGUUAUUAUUUUUUGUGAAGCCAGGCAUUGGUUUAUACUACAGAGUUCAAUUAAACUGAUUGUACAUCCAAGAAGAUCCUUAUUGCCGUCUGGAAACUCCAAGAAUAUUUGAUAUUGUUGAAUUGUAGAAUGCUAGUCACAGAGGAGACUGUGUGUUAAGAUCUAGUAAAGAAGGAUAGAUCUUGUAGGAAUAUAUUUUUAAAUUCAUCUUCUUUGAGAGGCUUUGAUCUGCUUGUUCGUAAAAUACUCUCUUUGAAUUGAAAGUACUGGAAAUUGAUCAUUAUACCCCUUGGCAAGUCAACUGGAGCCAUUUUUGAUCUAAAGACUCGGUGGCAUCUUUCUAUGUUUGCAUUAAACUUUGUUAAAUCCAUUGAUUCUGGAACAUUUUUCAUGUGCAGAUUAUUUCUAUGUAAAUGAUCCUCUAUAUCUCCCAUCUUUACUUCCAAGUUUUUUAUUUGCUUGAUCAGAGAGACAGAGAGAAAUUUUGCUCACCUGGUGGAAUUCUAGAUUCACUAGUCUUUCUUCCACUGACUUGACUCUUUCUGACAGACAACUAAUCUGAUGCUUUGUUUCUUCUGUGUUUUUAUAUUUUUUUUUGGUUAGUUAUUGUAGAAUAUUGCAUAUUCUAUGUUUCUAUUGAUUAUAUAUGGAUGUGUGGAUUGACAUAACUAACAGAUGGUAUAAGUCACAAGGCUUUCUGUGUCCGAGAGCUCUGGAAUGUGGAUGUGAGGGUCUUGUCCUUAUAUGGCUAGAGUUAAAUGCUGACGUUAGUAUUAGCACAUCUUUAUAGUAACAGAGGGACACGAGGUCGCUCUCUCUUGGCUUGGCUCUUGUCUGUACAACGAUGUAACUCUCCCAUCAGAAGUACAGCAAUUACCAUCUGCUGUUGAAUGUCCACUAUCCUGUAUCAUCCUUUAUUAUGUUUUAUUAUGUAUCCGUAACAAAGAAUAAACCUGAAGAAACCGUAAGUCAGAUUGCGUAUUACUACUUUUCAAUAAUAUAGACAUAUAUUAUUGUGGCGAGCAUUUGGCCCAAGAAUAUAUAUACAAAAGACGUGUAUAUAAGUAGUGUUGGUAGAUAAGAAGAAACUAAGAAGAUUCAACAUUAAAGAUUCCCAAACUAGAUUUUACAGUUAUAGCCUCUAAUUGUUCUUCCAAGCAGUUUUUCAGGAAGUCAAUGGUAAUGUGUGUUCCAUUGGAGCUAUGUGCGCUAACUGGUGAAUCUUCUAAGCAGAACAACGACAAUGAAGAUUCCUCCAUUUUGUUUUUCUUUUUGAGGCUUAUUAACUGGGGGAAAAAAUUGUGGUUCCUUUAUCAGCUUUAGAGGUAGUUUCUUCUUGCGUCUUUGAAGCCAUACUUCGAACGCUGCUUGUUUUUAAGAUCAGACCUGGUUUCUUCUGAUGUAUGUGUCAUUCAGCUAGGAGUACGACUCCUGUAGUGGCAUUCACACACACAAAAAAAAAAAUUAACACCAGCUAAUUUCCGUUGCUGUUGAAAUUAUACAAUAGUAGUUUCUCAAAGAGCACAAUACUUAUACUGUUCUUUAAAGUUCCUUCUUUCUUAUAUAGAACGUACAAAUAGCUUCUAGUUUAAACCAUAUAGUGUUACAAAUUCAGAUUCACUCAUAUUGCAAUUUUUUGUUCUUAUCUAUUUAUUACAGAAUAUAUAAAAAUCAAUAAAAAAGUAUUUCUAGAAAAUAAAAAAUAAUAGAUAAGAACAAAAUAUUGCAAUAUUUUGUUCUUAUCUAUUAUUUUUUAUUUUCUAGAAAUACUUUUUUAUUGAUUUUUAUAUAUUCUGUAAUAAAUUCCCUUAUUUUAUAUAAUCCACUGUAUCCAGCACCAGUGAUUCCAGGGAAGGGGCAGUGUCACCCCAUAAACUGACACUAGGCCUAUAUACUUAGAGCCAGUUACCAAAAGGCUCUAAACAAGGUGAGCACUUUAAAUUACUAUUUAAGUGUAUAAAAAUAUUACAAAGGAUGCUACACUUAGUUCGAUAAUUCUGUGUCUUCUAUAUACGCUGUGGAGAGGAAAAUACACACUCUACCUUGGAGAGAGGGGUCGUGUGAUCUACCCUUAAAGACACAGACGCACGGAAGUUUAGAGCCUAAUUCACUUGAAAAGGCUCUAAAAAAUGUGAGUGUAGAUAUAUCUGUUACUCACUCAAGUUUUCACUAUAGUAUUUAACAUACUGCACAAUUAUCUGUAUAUAUUUCUGUUUUCUUUUGUAUGUACAUUACAUUGGAGAAUAUAAAGGAUAAUUGCCUUUGAAUCACAGGUAAUUCACUGUGCUCUCACAUAUAACUCAGCGCUGCACUCUUAAAGAUAGAAGACCUAAAGGGUGGUAACACCCAUUAGGCCUGAAGUCUUUUUUGUAUCUAGGAGCUAUUAACAGUUUAAUUGAUACGCUUUUAUGAAGAAGUGGGUUUUUAACGCUUUUUUGAAGGAGUGGAGACUGGGUGAGCAUCUAACGGAGGAGGGAAGCGAGUUCCACAGGAACGGUGCAGCCCUCGAGAAAUCUUGAAGGCAAGCAUCAGAGGUGGGAGUACGGACAGAAGAUAGACGUAAGUCUUCAGCAGAUCGUAAGGGCCUAGAUGGGACAUACUUGUGUAUAAGGGAGGAUAGAUAGGUGGGAGCAGCAUUAUGUAGAGAUUUAAAAGAUUUACAUUCAUUAUGGACUGUAACGGCGCAAGUUGGGAGCACGUCGGACCACUGAGAAGCGGAUUACAGUAGUCAAGGCGAGAAAUACAGUGGAAUGGACCAACACCUUAGUCGCAUCUGGCGUUAAGUAGGGGCGGAUGCGCGCAAUGUUUUUGAGAUGAAAAUGACAGGAUUUGGCGAUAGAUUGAACAUGACGCUUGAAGGAGAGGUCGGAGUCAAAGAGAACACCUAGGCAGCCAGCCUGCGCGGUGGAACUGAUGUUAGCACCGUUGACUUGGAGGGAGACAGACACAGGAGUAACAACACUUGAGGGAGGAAAGACCAGAAUUUCAGUUUUGGUCAAGUUUAGUUUAAGGAAGUGGGCAGCCAUCCAGUUAGAAACAGCAGAGAGGCAGUCAGAGACACUAGUCAAGAGGGACGGGGAAAGAUCAGGAGAGGACAGGUAGAUUUGCGUGUCAUCCGCAUAGAAAUGAUAUUGGAAGCCAAAGGAGCUAAUGAGUUUACCAAGGGAGGCAGUAUAGAUGAAGAACAGUAGGGGACCAAGGACUGAACCUUGGGGGACACCAACAGAGAGGAAUUGGGGAGAAGAAGCAGAGCCAGAGAAAGAAACAUUGAAAUAGCGCUGGGAGAGGUAGGAGGAGCACCAGGAGAGAGCAGUAUCUUGUAGACCGAAAUUGCGGAGGAUGAGAAGAAGCUGUUGGUGAUCAACAGUGUCAAAAGCCGCAGACAGGUCAAGGAGAAUUAGGAUAGAGUAGUGACCACGAGAUUUUGCAGCGAGUAGAUGAUUGGAUACUUUGGUCAGUGCCGUUUCCCCAGAGUGCUUAGCGCGGAAACCAGACUGAAGUGGGUCUAGCAGAGAGUUGGACUCGAGGAAGUCUGUCAAUCUCACAUACACAAUUUUUUCAAGGUCAGUUGCUGAUUAUGCUGUUGAAUUCUGUAUGUUAUCUUCGGAGGUAUCGUGGAAUAACAACUCCCUCCUUAUUGCCUUUACAGAGGGUCUGUUUGAUACCUUGCUGGAUGAGUUAGCAACCAGGGGUCUACCUGAUCAGUUAGAGGAGUUGAUUUCCUACACAUCCCAUAUAGACAGGAGAAUCAGGGAGAGGAGAAAAACUAGGGAUGCUACCAAACUAGCAACUACAUGUAUUAACCCAGCGAUACAUGCACCAGAACCUGUACAAUUAGGUUCUGCUAGGUUAUCGGAGGAGUAAAAAUCAUAUCGACUUAGAGAGUGGUUAUGUCUUUACUGUGGGAAAAAAGGACACCUCAGAAAAUUUUGCCCUUCUAGGCCGGAAAACUUGCACACCUAAGUCCUAGUAGGGGACUGGCCUUGGGUGUUAACACUUUGUCCCCUAUAACACCUCACACUUGCUUCCUUCUACCUAUAACCUUAAAAAUUGGGUUCUUAGGGGGGCGUGGCUUCGGACCGCAUGGAAAAGGUUGCAUAAGCGGUGAGCUCCGCCAUACCGUGGGCUUCACAGCGUGAUACCCCAGCAAACCAGCCACUGAAAACGGCCCUACCAGGCACUACCAUCACCCGGAACAAGAUGGCAACGAAAAUGUCAAAAAAAAUGAAACAAAAAACGAUCGAAUCACACCUGAAUUUGCAGCAAGCAACCCCUAUGCAAAUCCAAGAUGGCGCCAGAGACACCGGAUCCCCCACACUGGAACCUGAGGUAGGAGACAGCCAAAGCAGCUUUCAAAGCACAGAUAUAACACCUGCCACAGAUGCAUCAAUAAGUACAAUGCUGGAAAGGCUUAAAGCAGCCCUAUGCUCUGAUAUACAAAAAAUGGCAUCUGAUAUCAGAACUGACAUCCAGGCACUGGGGGACAGGACAGCACACUUGGAAGAAAAAACAGAGGGUCUACUAGAAGCGCACAAUGACCUAGCAGAGGCGCAUGUAGCGCUGGAAAAUAAGGUCAAAUACUUAGAGGGGAAGAGUGCAGAUAAUGAGGACCGAGAUAGAAGAAACAACAUUAGGAUUCGUGGAAUAUCCGAAAAUGUGGGUCCACAAGACCUCACACAUUAUGUACAGAAGCUGUUUAAAUCUAUGAUCCCAAUACUAACAGAAGCCGACCUCCGACUUGACAGAACGCACAGACUGCCCAAGCCACGACAUCUGGCUGCAACCACCCCCCGAGAUGUUAUCACUAGAAUCCACUACUUCUCGGUCAAAGACCAAAUAAUGCAGGCCUCUAGGCUGAAUAUACCCCUUCCUGACGGAUAUACAGACAUUAAAUUGUUCAUAGACCUAUCAGCGGCCACCAUGUUUAAAAGAAGAUCAUUUGCACCUAUAACAACGGCUCUCCGAAACGCAAACAUAUUGUAUAAAUGGGGAUUCCCUACAAAACUAAUCAUCAAAAGAAAUGGAAUAGAUCGAGUAAUCCUGACACCGGAAGAAGGCAGGAAAAUUCUGAGUGAGUGGAACGUCCCUGUCCCAACAACUGACCCAAGAAGUUCGGACACGCCACCACCCCGUAAAGUGGCGAGAGACUGGCAGCACGUUCCAUGGAUCACGACAACCCCUCAAAGCCGAAGAAAUCCUCAUCCCUAAGCCCUCUCCGUCUGCGCACAUGGACACGUAACUUUACUAAUUAAUCUGGUUUCAUGUUUAACAGGUUGAAUGUGUGUAAGAAUGUGCUGAUGUAUUGCACGUCUCUGACGCAACAAUGACAAAAAAAACAAACAAAAAAACAACAAAAUAAGCCCACGGUGGGCGUUAGGCCACUGCUAACUGUAUAACUGCUGUUUUAGCUUUAUAACUGCUUCCCUUUUUUUUUCCUCUCUUUCUUUUUCUUUACCUCUUCUUUCCUCAUCUCCACCUUCUACACGAGGUGGACACUGGCUAUCACAAAUUACUCACAUAAAACCCACUAACCCCCACGCAAGGCCUCCUAGGUAGGCCCCCACGUACCCAUCUGCAAAUCCUUGCACUAAGCCCGAGAGGCUAAAGGGCAAUUGUACAUAGUUUACUUUCCCCCCAACCCCCCUCGAUUGACCGGCAGGUCACCCUUCCACAGUUUAGGUAACAUCCCAACAAACCUGUGUUCGUCCCACCCCACCAACUGAUCUAGUCGGUGAUCAAACCAUAACACGUAGGGAAAACUGUACCAUGCCGCUAAAAUUUCUCUCGCUUAAUACCAAAGGCUUAAAUUCGCCUAACAAACGUAGAUUGGCCCUCCAGGAGGCCAAGAAACAAGGAGCACAGGUGGCAUUUGUUCAGGAAACUCACUUUCAGUGGGGAUCCAAACCCAGGUUUAACUCUGCUUGGUUCCCAGUAGACUACCACACGUGCUACCACAAAAAAAAAAGAGGUGUAUCGAUAUUAAUACAUAAGAAUGUUGUUUUUGAACUUGUACGAAAAAUAAGUGACAAAAAGGGUAGAUACCUUAUAUUACAAUGUCGUAUGAACAAUCAACCGUAUACAUUGAUAAAUGUCUAUUGCCCUAAUGAAAACCAACAAGUAUUUAUAGCUAACAUGUUCUCUCUCCUGUCAAUGUACAGUUUUGGGGAGGUAAUCCUUGGAGGCGACACUAAUUUUCUCCUAGACAUCAAUAUGGACUCCUCCGCCGCGAGAACGGUAACCACAUCUACUUCAAAACAGAGACACACACAAACAUCCAACAUCCGCAGAAUACUAACGACACAAAACUUUGUAGACCCAUGGAGAAUAUCCCACCCAGCUGAAAUUGAUUACACAUGCUACACCGCUGCACACAGUAGCUACUCCAGAAUUGACAGAUUUCUAAUAAAGAACACAUCACUAGAGAGAAUGAUAAGCGCAGAAAUCGGUAUCAUAUCAUGGUCAGACCAUGCUCCUAUCACUCUGACUAUAUCUGAACAAUGCCCCUUCCCUGGCCAAACCGCCUGGAGACUAAAUGAAUCUCUACUCCAGGAUCCAGUCAUAGUAUCCCAAAUUAGGACAGACCUCCAAAACUACUUCACUGAAAAUGUUCACCCCGACACACCGCCAAAUUCUGUAUGGUUAGCACACAAAGCAGUGAUCAGGGGCAGUUUUAUAAAACACGCAAGUCACGCCAAAAAAGUACGCCAAGCUCAAUACCUAGGAAUCAUCCAAGAAAUAACUGCACUAACACAUAGAAACAAAUGCUCACCAUUGGCCACGACCAAGACAGCUCUCCUGCAAGCUCACACUAAAUUACAAAACUUUGAACUGGCCAAAACCACAUAUCUACUACAGAAAUACAAACACAGAUACUUCGCCUAUGGCAACAGAGCAGGAGCAAAACUAGCCUCACAGCUCAAACAAAGAUCAGCCGCCUCCAGGAUUGCCUUCCUAAACACAAAUACUGGCCAGAAAGUUAGCGACCCGAACAAAAUUGUAAACGAAUUCUCCACAUAUUAUCACAAACUGUAUAACCUGAGUGAAGACGGAGGAGUGAAAGUCCCCAUGCUUGCAGAUAUUGACAAUUUUUUAGCAACUGUUCACCUCCCAUCCCUAUCAUCAGAUAGAAUACAACAACUCAAACAACCGAUAUCCCAUGAAGAAAUAUCUAAAGCCAUAGCUGACUUGCCCUCACACAAAUCCCCAGGACCAGAUGGCCUACCAAAUAGAUACUAUAAAGAAUUCUCUAACCUACUACUCCCCCACCUCCUAAACCUAUACCAACACAGUUUAGACACGGGAGCCCUGCCAGCGGAACUACUGUUAGCUCAUAUCUCGACAUUACCCAAACCAGGCAAACCACCCACCACCUGCAAAAACUUCAGACCAAUCUCCCUUCUAAAUGGGGAUGCCAAACUAUAUGCGAAAAUAUUAGGUAACAGGCUCACGGCCAUAAUAAGCGAACUAAUACACAACGAUCAAUCAGGGUUCGUCAAGGGGCGACAAGGCUCCGAUAACACGCGAAAAAUUCUUAACAUACUAGCUACCAUGGAGAGGGGGUCGGUCGGAGGCCUCCUGCUAGCACUCGAUGCGGAGAAGGCCUUCGACCGGCUAAAUUGGGCUUAUAUGCAGAAAGUAUUACAAAAAUUCGGCUUCCCAGACGAAUUUAUCAAAGGGAUUAUGGCGCUAUAUGUGAAACCGGCGGCCAAGGUGGCCCAUGGUGGCUUCCUCUCAGCCCUCUUCUAUAUAUCCAAUGGGACAUGACAGGGAUGCCCCCUAUCCCCCCUACUCUACAUAUUAUCCCUCGAACCGCUAGCACAAAAAAUAAGAAAUGACGAACGCAUACAAGGCGUCAAAAUCUUAGGCAAGGAAUAUAAACUAGCGCUCUUCGCAGAUGAUAUCUUAAUCACACUAGAAAACCCUCAAACAUCGGUGUCCCCCCCCCGAUGGAGACCUUAGAAGGAUUCGGGGACGUAUCACACUACCGUCUAAACCAAGACAAGACGCAAGCACUACCCAUCAAACUCCCCUCCUCCACCACAGCUGUGCUCAAAGACAAAUACCUCUUUGAUUGGAGGACAACCUCACUUACUUACCUUGGCAUAAAAAUUGCACCUUCCAUAGCAGAAGUAUUAAAAGUAAAUUAUCUCACACUCCCACAACAAUGCAAGAAUGAAACACACAAAUGGUCACAAACGCACAUUUCCUGGUUAGGCAGAAUAAAUGCGUAUAAAAUGGCGAUCCUACCAAAAAUACUUUAUAUAUUCAGAAUGCUCCCUCUACAAGCACCAAAAACACUUAUAAAAACACUACAAUCCAUAUGUAAUGCGUUCAUAUGGGAACACAAAAAACAACGCGUUGCAAGUGCGAUACUAUAUAAACACUCAAAACAUGGUGGAGUGGGAUUACCCAACAUAGAUCUGUACUUUAAGGCAUCUGCCUUAGCAACAGGGAUACUGCUCCAUACUACUGAGGGGACCAUACAAUGGGUGGACAUGGAAAGAGCCCAGUUCAGCAACAACUCGGCACUAGCACAUUUGUGGACACCACGAAAAUUAAGGUCGUUAAAAUCUGAUCUCUUACCCACAACAAAAUAUACUAUCCAACUAUGGACAACAUUUCUAGAAAAGGUGGGGGAUAAAAAUAAAUUCCAAGCAGAGGCACCAUUGACGGCCUUGAGGGCUAUCACGCCAGACAUACGCUUACACAAGUGGUCGUCGGCAGGAAUAACACACAUACACCAAUUGCUUAAAUCCCAAAAAAUUAUGACAUUCCCCGACAUACAACACAAAUGGGAACUUCCCAAUGACGCUAUCUUUACAUACCUACAACUUAAGGGAAUCAUUACCGCACAUGUAAGCAACCAACAUUCAAACCAUGCUCAAAUAUCUCUACCAACAAAGGCAAUCAUAGAGAGGUGCUGGAAACACCCCACGAAACCAAAAACUAUUUCCCUAUGCUAUAAAGCAUGGGAAGACACUACACCUAAGAUAUCACCACAUUGCAAAACUCUGUGGGAACUAGACUGUGCCAUUCAACUCACAAACGAAGACUGGCUACAUGUACUAAACGACCUAUCUAAAUGGACAAAAUGCUACACACACAUAGAAGCACACAGAAAGCUCAUGUACAGAUGGUACCUAACCCCACACAAACUUCACAAAAUAUACCCAAACACGACUCCUCUAUGUUGGAGAUGUUCCGCAGCGGAGGGCACACUUAUACAUGUCUGGUGGGAGUGCCCCAACAUCCAGCCCCUAUGGACAGAGGUACACAAUACGAUCAGAGCACUCCAAAUCCCAGAUACCCAAAAGACACCCGACACAUAUUUACUUUUGAGAUUUCCUCCGACACUCCGAAACUCACACAAACAGCUGUGUGCCAUUAUCACUCUAGCGGCUCGCAGCCUACUGGCCCUCCACUGGAAAUCCACAACUUGCCCAAACAAAACCCAACUACGGGACAAAAUACACCAAUUCUACAUCUACGAAAAAAUGGCCGCUCCUGACACCAAAACGGCACAGAGGUUUAGCACAACAUGGUCACUAUGGAUAGAACUAUACAACCGGCAUAUGUAAGGUGGAACUGUAAGGUCAGGGACAUCCGCUAUCCCCCUACACUCAUUACCAGUAACCAUAUGUGUGACCUACGAUAGAGCAUAAGAACGCAUACAAGUACCCACCACCUGGUGAACACAAGCCGGCCAGAUGUCGGGCUGGCCAUAUGAGCAAUGAUUGUAUAACCGACUAUGCAGGCCGCUCUAUGUUACCUAACUGUAUACGCUCCCAACCGUACCCCAACAUUAAUGUUGUACCUGUUAUUUGUACUGCCUUGAUAUACUACUCUAAAUUGUAUUACUGGUUCAAACUGUAUCAUUGAUGACAAAAUUUCAAUAAAAAAUAUAUUGAAAAAAAAAAAAAUUGGGUUUUUACACUCCUCAGACGCAGGCAUUAUUAGACUCUAGUGCUGCCGAGAGUUUAAUUGAUUUAGCUUUUGCCACCAAGCUAAACGUACCCCUUAAAGAAAGAGACAAACCCUUAGCCGUUGAGGCCAUAGAAGGUAGGUAGCUCAAUUCUAGAGCCUACAAUCACAGAGAUCUUAUCACUGACAGUUGGACUCUAACACCACUAGAUAAUAGUGUUACAGGUCAUUACUUCACCUUCUGCUCCUAUAGUGUUAGGAUUUCCAUGGUUGUACACACAUAACCUUAGCAUUGAUUGGCAGAGAAGUGAUAUAAUUUCUUGAGGCUCUACAUGCAGGAACUCUUGCCUUCAGAACAUCUUACCUGUUCAUACCCUUAACGUGCCCACAGCUCAACCUUUAUCUACCAGUGUACCAGAUCAAUAUGCAGACCUUAAAGAGGUAUUUGAUCAAAAGGAGGCUGAGAAGUUUCCUCCUUACAGGUCAUAUGAUUGUACCAUUAAGCUCCUUCCAGGUUACAUGCCACCUAGAUCUAUCCUCUAUCUCCUCAAGAAAAUUAGGUAAUGGAGGAAUAAACCCAAUUCUCUCUAGUCAAAGGUUUUAUCGGAAGGUCAUCCUCUCCUGCUGGAGCAGGUUUCUUUUUUGUCUUUAAAAAAGAGAGGGACCUUAGACCUUGUAUCAACUACCGAGGGUUAAAUCGUAUAACAGUUAAAAAUACAUAUCUGAUUCCUCUGGUUACUGAGCUGUUUGACAAACUACAUGGUUCUACUGUAUUCACCAAACUGGAUCUCAGGGGGGCUUAUAAUCUGGUCAGAAUCCGCCAUGGUGAUGGCCUUUAACAUCAGAAGUGGGCAAUAUGAAUAUACUGUCAUGCCUUUUGGCUUAUGUAAUGCUCCGGCCGUCUUCCAGGAUCUCAUGAAUUAUGUUCUUGUUCUUGUAUAUUUGGAUGAUAUUGAUACAUUCAUCAGAUAUCAAGACACAUCACAUGUGUGUCCAUAAAGUACUGUCAAUACUUUAGAAAAAAGCUCGAAAAGUGUAUCUUUGAUCAAGAGAGUGUGCAAUUCCUUGGUUACAUUGUUAAUUCUAAAGAAUUAUAAAUGGAUGUCUCUCAUUUCCCUAUGAUCCCAAAGAAUUUUGGCUCUACUCGAGUGGCCCAUUCCUCAUGGCUUUAAAGCCAUUCAGAGAUUUAUAGGCUCUGCCAACUAUUAUAGACGGUUCAUCCACAACUUUUCCUCCAUCAUCAUCUCCAGCAUCUGUCACUGCCUUGACAAAAAAAGGAGUCCCUAAAGUUUGGACUCAAGACACACUCAAUUUAUUCAAAACACCCAAACAUUCCUUUUUUUGUCUUUAUUUUUGGUAGUGCAUGUUUAACACAUGUCUAACAUAAGCUUUUGUAGACAUUAUUACACGAGCAUACAUAAUGUGUUUGAAGUCAGAGAUCAUAUAACAUCUGAGGAACUGUACUUUUUUAUAACAUCAUGCUGGUCUACAAUGAUUUAGAGACAUAAACAUGUUUACAUUACUUAAUGCAAUUAAAUCAAAUAUGCGUCAGGAGAAUAACCCUGGCGAAUACAAUUCCAGUAGUAUGCCCUGACUAAUUCUGCUGGAUAAUGCCUUGCUUUCUAUAUUGGGGGCAGAGGCAUAACUAGAAAUCCCAGUGUGAAAAUUACCCUGGGGUCCCGUAUGUGUCUCAUUUCCCUAUGUGUCUCAUUCUCUCAACCCCAGCCCCUCCAUGUGUCAGCCUCCCCUCCCUUACAGCUUCUCAAUUUCUCUCUACCCCACCCUUUCCCUGCAGCCCCUCUAUUUCUCCCCCCUUGAGGCCCAUCCAUUUCUCUCUCUCCCUUCCCCUGCAGACAUUCUAUUUCCCCCCUUUCCAUGCAGAACUUUUUUACCCAUUUUACCCCCCUUCCCCUGCAGACCCUCCAUUUCUCUCCCCCCUUGCAGACCCUCCGUUUCCCCAUUCCCUGCACACCCUCCAUUCCCCCCUGCAGACCCUCCAUUUCUCCCCUUACCCUGCAGACCCUCCAUUUCUCCCCUUAUCCUGCAGACCCUCUAUUUCUCCAUUCCCCCCUUCCCAUGGAGACUCUCCAUUUCCCCAUUCCCCCUUGGCCUGCAGACCCUCCAUUGCUCCAUUCCCCCUGCAGACCCACCAUUUGUCCCCCCAUUCCCCUGCACACCCUCCAAUCCCCCCCUUCCCCUGCAGACCCUCCAUUUCACCCCUCUUCCCCUGCACACCCUCCAUGUCUCCAUUCCCCACUUACUUGAUUGUCGCAAUUGCGGUACCCAUCUAAGUCUGACAGGAAGUGCUCUCUCAGUGAGCACUUCCUGUCAGACCACUCGGCCGCGCUACACACAGCGGCAGGAGGGGAGCAGCACAGCACAUAGCUCCCCUCCUUCCAGUUAGCCUGCGACCACGCGCGGGUCCCGGCCAGUGCUGCUGUGCACCGGUCCUAAAGGUCUGCUGGUGGCCCACGGUCACAGUGGCAGCCGGGCCUCCUGGAGUGACGGGCCUGGUCGCAGCUGUAGUUACUGGUUGGGGGGUAAUAUAAAACAAGUCAAAACAUAGAGACAUAGACUCUCAAGAGAUUAAACAGUAUACACUGUUAGACCAGCAAUAUUAGGUCACGUCUCACUAGAUAUAGUGUAUUGACAAAUCAGCACACAUUUUAAAUGUAAUAAAUACGAACAAGAUAAACAUGGUGCAGGUAAGGCAGCAUUUUAGUUUUGCAAAAGUGUGGGCUUUUGGCACUGAGAGUGGCUGAAAAUGAAAGAAAACCUCCAGAGGCCUCCUAGGCUAACUAGUUGCGAGAACCACAGUGACUCAAAAAGAGAAACGAUAUGGAAAACCACAGGGCUGAAAAAUUAUAAGAGAGAACAUAAGUUUACUUUCCACCCAGCAUGUAGUGGUGAUUAUGUACUACGCUGGAGAGUUAAUUUCAGACGAAGCCCCGCUGGGGCAACACAAAGUCUAGUAAUGAGUGUCCCGAAGUCAGGUCUAAUAGCCCACCUGAGUGUGGACAUGUGGCAAUGUCAUAGGAGUAAGGCAGGCCUGUGGUAGUUCCCUGAGAUGUCGAGACUCCAUGCAAUGUGGGGUGUAUGCCCAGUGGCAUCUGCGAGCCGUGCUGCAGCCGGCAACUAGAUUUGGGGUGCUUCGCAGGCACAAAACACCCGGCUAUGUUAGAUAUAGUUAAUAUAAUAACCCUCCCAAAACCCGUGAAACAGAAGUGCAAAUCUUAGGCCCAUUUCCCAGUUGAAUGCAGACACGCAAAUAUUUGAAAAUGCGAUUGCGCGCUGAUUGAAACACGUUCCCAAACUUAAUAGCACUGAACAGGCUGGGAGGCAGGUGGGUGACAAUACCUGACAGUUCCUUGCCUUACUAGAACUACUGAGCAGAAAAGGGGAGGAAGGCCUGAUAGUAGCAUUGGGGAUACAUGGCAACUGUGCUGAAGAGAUUUGGCUUUCCAUAAAAAUGUUUGUGUAGUAUCCUUAUUCUAUACACUACACCUACAGCUAGGAUCAUGAAUUUAGGGUUUAUUUCUCAGACCUUUAGUCUAACUCACGGAACUAAUCAGGGGUGUCACAUUUAAUUUUUAUAUUGGCACUCGAACUCCUGGUGCAUAAAAUCAAAAGAUACACAGACAUAACUGGACUGACCAUGCAGGUGAGGACUCUGAAGUUGGCCUUCAUUGCAGAAAAAUGGGUUGGAAGGAUCAACUCCUUGGUGAAAAUGUAUAUACUGCCACUGAUAUUAUAUACUUUUUUUAGAACACUUCCAAUAGGCAUUCCAAAAACAAUACUGGUAAAUUUUCAAAAUUAUUUAAUGCUCACAUUUGGAGACGCAGACCACCAAGAGUGUUGCUCCAAGUUAUGAGUUGUGCAAUGAUUGAGUGAGGGCUGGGGUGCCCAACAUAUACAAAUAUUAUAUAGCUGCAAUACUAGCCCAAACUGCAGCACUGAGUGGAACCUCCACCCUGCCACUAUUUAGCUAUUAUCUAUGUUGGACCUUAUAUGGGUACACAAUGGCAAAUAGCCAUGCAGUGUCAACCCUCUAUCUACCAAAUGUCUUUCACUGUAAACAUGGAGGACCUUUUGCCACCUAGGGUUUCCACACUGAAAACUUAGCGCAGUGCAGGGAUACUUAGAGUUCAGCAUGUUUUGAUCGUGGGGGAGAAUGUGUUCCUUCCCAGAGUUCCAGGCUAGGUUUGCACUCCCUGCCAAUUACCUUUUUCAAGUACAUACAUAUGAAGCAUAUUGUGGCUCCUUUUAAGCCAACAACAUUACAAAUGACCCUGCUUCAGGACGUUGAGAAGUUGUGUAUAGGUAAACCAGGGAGAGGUAAAACCCUUUCUGUCUGUUGAAAGACGCUGAUGUGCGUUUCCCUACCAGAUACAUUAUCAUAUAUGCGCCAAUGGGAGGAGGAACUAAAUUGUACAUUAGAGGUGCCACAAUGGCACAAGGCAAUGCAUACGUUAAAAUGUUCAAUGCAUAUCCCAUAUAGAAGCAGUUCAUAAAAUUUGGCUCAGGUGGUUCCUGAACACGGUAAAACUGGCACAUAUAUACCCUGGGCACGUCGCCAACAUGCUGGAGGUGCAAAAAUUACAGGGGGUCCCUGAGUCAUAUUUUAUGGCAAUAUAAAGAACUAGAUGACUUCUGGGCUCAAAUUUAUUUACUGAUACAAGGUGAUGGGUUUAUCUUUACCAAAAAACACAAGAAUCAAUACUAAUUACCUAUUUUCUUUUAGCAGAAAAAAACUUAACUACCCUCUGGAAGAGUGCACAGACGCCCACGGUAGAUGGAGAAAAAAUUGUAUCUAACAUGAAAUUCUACAAGGAAAUGUCAUACAGCAAGCAUGUCAAACUUGUAGCCCAUAGGUCGUAUGCCGCCCACAAUAACUAUCUUUGUGGCCUGCCUCUCCUGGAGCAACUUUGUGCUGUGGCUGUGACCAGCUGCAAGACAGGAAAUAUCUUUCCUGUCUGCACAGCGACUGUGCAUCGCGUGUUCCGGCGACCGCAAGAGCGCUGAGCAUUAGUCCAUGCCGGCCACCAGUUAUACACAUACAGUGUGUGAAGUCAUAUCCGGCAGCUGCAGUGAGCAGAGUGGAUUUCUGUCUGCAGAGCAGGACAGCCACUCCUCCUUCCAUCCUGCUCGCAGUGCCAGUGUCUAACCUGUUUGAGCAGAGAAGGGAAGGGCUGGAACUGGAGGAUGGGUGGCUCAUCUUAAGGUAGGGGAAGAGGGGCUUGGGGGAUCUUCCUGUUUAGUGUUUUAAAUUCUGGAGGAGGGGAGGGGCUUAAAUUGAGGAAGUGAGUGGGCACUGUAUUAAAUUGCGGGAGGGAUGGGGGCAGUGUAUUAAAUUGGGAGGGGGAGGAGGAAGUGUAUUAGAGUGGUGGGAGGGGGAGUAGUGUGUUAAAUUAGGGGAGGAAGGGCAGUGUAUUGAAUUAGAGUGUUGGGAGUGGGGGCAGUGUAUUAGAUUGGGGGAGGGGUCAGUGUAUUAGAGUUGAUGGAGGGUGAGCUGUGUAUUAGAUUGGGGUGGCUGUGUAUUAGAGGGGGGCACUGUACUAGAAUGGGGGGAGGGGACCGUGUAUUAAAUUGGGUCUCCAUAGAGGAUCUGAACUCUCCUCAUGGAGAUGCUGACUGGCUGCGCAGCUUUUUGACACACAUGCACAGUAGCCUCCCAAGGCAUUCCUAUGGCAAAGAAUUGAAUUUGCUGAGAUCAUCACGUUUGAUGAUCUCAGCCAAAGUGAAGAACACACUCAUAGGACUUCAAAAUCUACAAGAUAACGUAAUUUGGGUUUUUUUACAGCUGUGUAACAGCAUACAUUCACAAUUUCAGUCCCAUUACCAAACUUUUCUAAAUACGUCUCCUUAAAAUAAAUGUGCUUUUUAAAUGUGCUCUUUUGUUUACUUUGAAGCACUACGAGCGUGAGGACGUCCAGUGUCAGUUAGGCAACUUUUGUUAUACUGUACUUUUCAAAAUAAACCUACCUAGUUUUUCUACGAAAACUGAAGUUUUUGGUUUCUUGCAACCCACAUGAAGUCAGACCUUAAUUAUUUGGCUCAUGUUAGCCUUUUACGUUUGACAUGCUUGUCCUACAGGCUUGCAGGGCUCAGUUCCAGAUUUGAGACAGAGUGGGGGAAUGAGUAUUUGAACAGAAUUCAAUUGAACAAGGGGGGCCUUGAAGGGAUGGGCCAGCGGUGGGCUUGCCCUUCUAAGUUGCAGUACAACAUAUAACAAUACCACGACAAUACUCACAAUGGAUGUGUAGAAACUGAACAGUGAUGUAUAUGGAGAACCUUGUCGGCUCUUCUUUUAUUUCUCACUUCAUUUUCUUUUGUUCAUUUUUUUGUUUCUUUCUUCCUUCAGUAUGUUAAAUUGUACAUGUACAUGUAUUGAUGCAAAAUGCCUUGUAACAGAUGUAGCUGUAGGGGCAGUCGAGUGACACUAUCGUAUUAUACUAGGUUGAUUGGAUGAUGUAAUGCGGAUAUGAUGGCUGUCUCCACUCAUGUUGCAAAUGUAACUUAUGCAAUACCACGUGAUACCCUUGUAUGUUUAAAAACACAAUGUAAUAUUUGUAUUCUAUGCCUGUACUGUUUUGUAUUAAAAAAAGGAAUUAAGCAAACGGGUUGACUGCUUACGUUAGAGGUAAUCAGGGAAUACCUGGAACCAUAAUCACCACAAAACACUUUAAAGGUUAUGGUGCUUAGAGUGUUCCUUUAAUAAUGGUAUUUUUCUGUAUUUUUUAGAUUUCAAAACCAAAUGAAUUUGACAUCAUGCUGAAGAUACCAGUACAACGAGUUGAUUUGAUAGACCUUGAUAAAAGUGGUGCUUUUUAUAAAUUUACAUUUAAAAGACUACCAAAAAAUAAUACAUGGGACAAGUAUGCAGAUGCGAUAUCAAGGUUUAUUUCUCCCAACAAAAUAAUGGCUGAAUUACGAGAUAUUAUUGAAAAUAUUAUAAAGUCAGGUAAGAUAUUAAUUUUCUAUUUGGAUAAAACUGAUCUCUUCUUUAAAUAUCCUUCUGUACUUGUCAUAAAUCUUCAUAUUGCGCGUGACUGGAGAUGAUCACAUUAGCAUUUCCCAUCCACCGUAGUGUAAGCAUAAUUGCUAUAUUUUCAGCAAAUACAUAUCGUAAGACACUUUAUGAAUUUUCACCAAGCAACCAUCAAAUCACUUAAAAUUCCAUUGGAUAGAUCAGACUUUCAGAUUUUUCUUUCAAGUUUAAUAAAGAUCUAAUUAAAUGUCAAACGUUGCUGUUUAUGUUCUGGUUCUCCAACUAAAUCUGCUACGUAUGUACCUUGAGUGCCUGAAUCACAUUUCUUUUUAGACCUGGGGCGUACCUAGAGCAUUUGGCAAACGGGCAGAUCUUGUAUUUGGCUCCCCACCCCAACUUUAAAACGUAAAACACAUCCGCAAUCCUUUUUAAUGUUUUCAGGAAUAUAUUGCACAAAUUUGUAAGCUGCAUGUUAGAAACAGUCCCCUCAAGGCCCCUGUAUAGACUACAAUAGAGUUUUACAGGCACUGGAAAGAUGUCUCUCUAACACUCUGGUCCCUAUUCGCAAUAUAGUAAUAUAACAUAGCUCUCUGAUACCCAGCCCAAGUUGUCUGUUCUCACCUUAAUUACUGUUGCUGGCUGCUAUAAAUGGUUGGCAGACCUUCAUCUUCCCCCAGCCUCUUUGUGCAUCUGUUUCUCCCCCUUUGUCUGUGUCUUUUCCCCCUUACCCUGCGUGUGUCUCUCCCCCCAAGCCUUUCUGUGUGCCUCUUUGACCCCCCCAGCCCCAUUGUCUAUUUCUUCCCUCAGCCCCUUUGUGCAAAUGUUUUUCCCCUUGCCCCUUUGUGUGUCGCUUUGUCCCCACAGCACUUCAGUGAGUCUCCUUGCCCCCCCUUAACCUCUCUGUGUACCUCUUUGUAUCUCCCAGCCAUUUGUGUGUCUCAUUGUGCCUCCUAACCCUCUGUGUGUAUUUGUCCACAAGCCUUUCUGUGUCUGUUUGUCAACAUCCCCUCUUGUGUCCUUUCUUUGCCCCUCCCCCCCCACCCCCCCCAUAGAAACAUAGAAUGUGACGGCAGAUAAGAACCAUUCGGCCCAUCUAGUCUGCCCAAUUUUCUAAAUACUUUCAUUAGCCUUAUCUUAUAGUUAGGAUAGACUUAUGCCUAUCCCAUGCAUGCUUAAAAUCCUUUACUGUGUUAACCUCCACCACUUCAGCUAUUCCAUGCAUCCACUACGCUCUCAGUAAAGUAAUACUUUCUGAUAUUAUUUUUAAACCUUUGCCGCUCUAAUUUAAGACUAUGUCCUCUUGUUGUGGUAGUUUUUCUUUUUUUAAAUAUGGUCUCCUCCUUUACUGUGUUGAUUCCCUUUAUUUAUUUAAAUGUUUCUAUCAUAUCCCCCCUGUCUCAUCUUUCCUCCAAGCUAUACAUGUUAAGAUCCUUUAACCUUUCCUGGUACGUUUUAUCCUGCGAUCCAUGAACCAGUUUAGUAGCCCUUCUCUGAACUCUCUCUAAAGUAUCAAUAUCAUUCUGAAGAUACGGUCUCCAGUACUGCAUAUAAUACUCCAAGUGAGGUCUCACCAGUGUUCUGUAUAAUGGCAUGAGCACUUCCCUCUUUCUACUGCUAAUACCUCUCCUUAUACAACCAAGCAUUCUGCUAGCAUUUCCUGCUGCUCUAUUACAUUGUCUGCCUACCUUUAAGUCGUUAGAAAUAAUCACCCCUAAAUCCAUUUCCUCAGAUGUUGAGGUUAGGACUCGAUCAAAUUUCUGUACUCUGCCCUUGGGUUUUUACGUCCAAGAUGCAUUAUCUUGCACUUAUCCACAUUAAAUGUCAGUUGCCACAACUCUGACCAUUUUUCUAGUUUACCUAAAUCAUUUGCCAUUUGGCUUAACCCUCCUGGAACAUCAGCCCUGUUACAUAUCGUAUCAUCAGCAAAAGACAUACCUUACCAUCAAGACCUUUAGCAAUAUCACUAAUAAAAUAUUAAAGAGAAUGGGUCCAAGUACAGAUCCCUGAGGAACGCCACUGGUGACAAGCCCAAGCUUCGAAUAUACUCCAUUGACUACAACCCUCUGCUGCCUGUCAUUCAGCCACUGCCUUACCCAUUCAACCAUAUUGGAAUCCAAUCUUAAAGAUUGCAAUUUAUUGAUAAGCCGUCUAUGUGCAAUGGUUUUGCUAGUACACCACUAAGCUCUUUUAAUAACUUUGGGUGUAUUCCAUCAGGUCCCAUUAACUAUUUUUUCUUUACUUUUGACAGUUGAAAUAGAACCUCUUCCUCUGUAAACUCACAUGUAAUAAUUGACUCAUUUGUGCUUUUUCCUAACUGAAGUCCCUUUCCUUCAUUUUCAUCUGUAAAUACUGAACAAAAAAUAUUAAUUGAGGCAGUCAGCUAGACCUUUAUCCUCUUCUACAUACAUUCCUUCUUUUGUUUUUAAUCUAACUAAUCCUUGUUUUACUUUCCUUUUCUCAUUUAUGUAUCUAAAAAAUGUGUUGUCCCCUUUUUUUACUGACUGUGCUAUUUUCUCUUCUGUUUGUGAUUUGGAAACUCUUAUAACUUGCUUAGCCUCUUUCUGCUUAAUCUUAUAGAUCAUUCUGUCUUCCUUACUCUGUUUUUUUUUUUAUAAUUACUAAAUGCUAACUUUUUGUUUUUUAUUAUUUUGGCCACAUCUCCAGAGUACCACAGUGGUUUCUUGAAUUUUUUGCUUUUACUGACAAGCCUAAUGUAAUUUUCUGUUGCCUUCAGCAGUGCAACUUUUAAAUAAUCCCAUUUCUCUUGGACUCCAUUUAAAUUGCCCUCCUCUCCUGUGCCCUUCUUUUGUCCCCCAAGCCUCUAUGUGCAUCUCUUUGUGCCUCUCGGUGUAUCUCUUUGUGCCUCCCAGCCUCUCUGUUUAUCUCUUUGUCCCCCCAAGCCGCACUGUUUGCCUCCUCUGCUCCCCAGCCCCUCUGUGUCUCUCGAUGGGCCCACAGCCGCUCUGUUUGUCUCUUUGUCCCCUCUCAGCCCCUCUGUGUGUCUCUUUAUGCCCCACAACCCCUGUGUGUCUUUGUCCCCAUCCCCUCCUGUCUCCAGUCUUUGUCCCCCCACCCCUCCAGUGCCCUUCUUUUAUCCCCCCUUCCUUCCUGUGCCCUCCUUUUGUCACACUCCCUCAUGUGCCCUUCUUAUGCCCCCUCCCCUAUAAUCGGUCUGACAGGAAGCAGUUUUUUGCUCUCAGUGAGCACUUCCUGUCAGACCGGGUGGAGGAUACAGAAGCUCCUCUGCGGCAGUCUGCCUGCUUGGCCACACUACAUUCAGUGACUGGUGCAGUGCUCUACCCUUCUGCCGGUCACCCGGAGAUCGCACCCCCCAGACCACAGCCACUCAGUCUGUCCUUGAAUGGCACCUCCCUAUUAGUGGUAACUGGGGCAGACCGCACCCCCCUGUUAGUACACCACUGGUUUAGGCAUUUGUAGUCUUUUUCUCAACAUAGAGACAUGAGAUUGUGUUCCUAUAUUUUCUCUUAUUCUGCUGACUUUUCAGUUCUUCUCAACCCUAGUUGAGAGAAAUGAAGAAAAAAAAAAGUUAAAAUAACAUAUCUAUUUAAUAUUGUGUUUUAAGUGCAAACAUAUUCCACAGCAAUGUACAAUAGGUGGACUAAUAAAGAAAUAGUUGCAACAAGACACGUUGGAUGUACAGGAACAGACAGUGGUGAGGACCCAGCCCAAAUGAGCGUGCAUACUAAGUAGGAUGGAAACAGGGGGAUUAGGCAUUCACUAUAGUGGUAGACUAAAGAAUACAAUUAGGCAGCAGUAACCAAUACAAGGAUUCCCAACCUUGUGAGAAAAUGGUAUAGACAGAGAGAGGAAGGAAACCGCUCCCUGGAUAGUAUAAUACAAAAAAUCGUAUACUUACACAGGUCUUAUUCUGAAGAUAUAAAUAUACAGUCGACCUCAAAAAGAUAAAAGAACAUAAACAGAUAAUAAACAAAUAAAUAGAAGUACAGCCUAGGUAAACUCAAGACAGGGGGGUAACCCCUAGUAGAAAUAAAUAGCAAGAGAAAAUGUGGUGAGAGUACCUAUCAAAUAGGACAAAAAGGAAACUAUCACUAAGUGCAAACUGUACAGAUAAAGUACAUAUUGGGUGGAGAAAAUAUAAAAUAAAAAUAACAAAUAACUUUAUUAAAUAUAAAUACUAAAAAGUAUCAAAAAAUAAAGAAUGGAACACUAAUAUACUGAUAAAAUCAAGCAAAACGAUAUCCCAAAGUGAGAGGAUAUUUCUGAUGCCUCAGGUUGAAAAAAUACUACACCGCACACGUCUGUGCAGAGUGAAAAGAAGAGAGGAGAGAAGGGAGGGGGGGGGGCGAAGGAGAGGACGCCUAAGGUGAUGAUGUAAUACCUAAAAUAAUGUAGAGCUAAUCCAAAUAUAUGGGUAUAGCUACAAGGGGCUAAAUUGGUAGAAAAAUAUAUAUAUAUAUAUAUAUAAUAAAAAGAAAGAGAAAAUUUGCAUGUCAGGAUCGACAAUAAACAAAAAAAGCUAGAUAGCUGUAUCGUAAGAAAAUGUCAGAAUACGAAAAAACGCUAGAGAUAGAGUGCCCAAUGGCAGUAAUUAUAGUGUUAACUAGAACGUAUCCGAUACCAGAGGGCUAAUGUCUGCUUCAAAAUCUAAAAAAGCAGUAAUGGUCCUAGUAGUACGCAGCUGAGCUGGUAUAAAGCUAUUGCUACAGAGUUAGAAUGCAGCAUCCAAUUCUGCAUACGGCACCAAAACUAACGUUGUUAAAAUAGACAGCAAUAUAUUGUGAGCACAGAUGUUACAAAAUAAGUGCAAAGUUAUCAAGUGAGAGAUUCUGACAGCUGUAGGGUACUAAAUAGUACAUAGUAGCGUUUACUAAAUAGUAAUAGGAACAGAAGAGAAUUCUGACAGAAAGCCUUGAUUAUAAUGAAAGCUCCUGCUAAAAUAUGACAGAAUGUAAUGCCGUGUUUAAAUGGCUAAAUAAGUAUACUGCUGUUGCCAAGAAAGAGAGAAAAAGAAAUAAGCGGAAAACUAAUAGAAUAAAUACCGUCCUCAACCUAGGAACCCCCCAUGUGCCUUCAUGGGCACCAGGACUAACCCCCACUCGUGAAUCUCCUAAAUGAGACAGCAGAUAAAACAAGAAGAUACAGAAUAUAAAGAGAAUAUGAUAAAUAAUGGCGAUAAAGUAGCGCCAGAAUCCCCUGACGCGCGCGUUUCGCCAAAGCUCGUCAGAGGGGAACUGGGUGCCGCCAACUCAAGCGUUUAAAAGUAAGGACUGGAAAGCUGAUUGGCCAGACUAAAAAUGUUCUAAUUGGAUGAUCGAAAGAUGAUGUCACACAGUAGGCGGAGUGUGUCUGCGGCUAUGUUUGCCGAACACACAUUAACCCUAGAUUUACCAGUCCUGAAUAUUAUAAAAAGAAAAAAGAAAAAGAAUAGUCUGAAUACAGUAAUGGAUUGACUGCAAUAUAGUGCAAACGACAGAAUAAACCGAAGAAUCAAUGAAACAAAAACUUAAGAAUAAAGAAAAGAAAAGAAAUCGUGCCCUAUCUAGUGAAUGCAGAGACACAUUUGGGAUAGCAAUACCCCGAUUAAAACACAGUGAAAGCUGUGUAUGUUCUGCAUUCAUAAUGAUAGAGAACUAGCUGAUGCAACGUUAUUAUGGUAUAACCAAAACUGGAAACUCAUCCUAUAAUAAUAAGGAAUAAGCACCUUAAAAAUUGUAUGUUAAUUCAUAUAAUAUGUUAUUAUUUCUAAAGGAGUAUAAUCCAUAUUGUAAAAACAAGAUUUACAUCUAGAGGCAGUAGAAGAAAUCAAAAAAAGCAUAAUACACUUUAUAUAACAAAAACAUGAUUAUUUGUGAAUAAACGGAGUAAAAUUGAACUCCUCAUUAAGACCAUUAGGAAAGAGAGUCUUAAAAUGAUAAAUCCAUCUGGAUUCUUUCAUUAGCAACAUUCUAUUAUAAUUGCCUUUACGGGAAUUCAAUGUUAAUCUUUCAAUAGCUUGAAAAGUUAAGUUGGUAGGGUCUCCAUUAUGAUGUACCCUAACGUGGUUUGAUAAAGGAGUAGAGAUAUUGAUAUUGGAAAUGGAACAUAUGUGUUGAAGAAUUCUCCUCCUAAACUGUUGAUAUGUUUUACCGAUGUAUUGUACUUUACAACUGCAAGUUAUAAGAUAAAUAACUUUUGUAGAAUUGCAGUUGAUAAAUUGUUUUAUUGGAUAUUCUUUCCCUGUACAUGUGCUUUGGAUAACUUUAGAGGGUUUAAUGUGUUUGCAAGCUUUACAGUGCCCGCAUUGAUAUACGCCUGCCACCGGGGUUAACCAGGUUCAGUUACGAAUUGGUUCUGUAUGACUGUGCACAAGAUGAUCACGUAGAUUUUUAGCCCUACGUGCCGUAAUAUUAGGAAAUUUACUAAAAUUAUCCCUCAGAUCUUUGUCAUAAUUAAGGAUCGGCCAAUUUUGAGACAUAAUAGUAAGAACAGGUUCCCAGAGCUGGUCAAAAGUGCCAAUGCAUCUAAUGGUCUGGGGAUCUGCAGUAGAUCUAUUGGCAUGUAGACUCUCACUCCUAUUUUUGGCAGGUGCCUGUUGAUACGCUCGUUUUAAGAUUCUGUUAGGAUAUCCCUUCUGUUUAAACAUUGUUCGCAAUGUUUUGGCUUCAGACUGAAAAGUCUCAUCAUUAGAACAGUUACGUCUUGCCCUAAGGUAUUGUCCAUAGGGAAUACCAGAUUUUAAUUUGAGCGGGUGGUGACUGUCCCAACUAAGUAGACUGUUUGUUGCAGUUGGUUUUCGAUAAAGUUCAGUUUCAAUCGUGCCAUCUGGUGAAAUCUUAAUGUUGAGGUCAAGGAAAAUUAGAUGUUCAGUGUCAAUGACGUAUGUCAAUUGAAGGCCUAUUGAGUUGUUAUUCAAUCGAUCGACCAAUUCCUCAAACUGUUUGACAGAUCCCAACCAGAAUACCAACACAUCAUCGAUGUAUCUGUGCCAACUAAGGACACAAUUAUGAUACUUCUCCUUGAUGAUGGGGCCAAGAAUAGUUUCUUCCCACCAACCCAGAUAGAUAUUGGCAUAGCUUGGGGCACAAGCCGUGCCCAUCGCUGUGCCCCUCAGUUGAAGAUAAUGAGUGCAAUUAAAUACGAAGAAGUUAUGUGUCAGCACAAACUCUAAGAGCUGGAUAAUGAAAUUACUCUGGGUGAUGGAGAAUUUUUGGGAUUUUAGAAGGAAAUAUCUGACUGCUCCAAGGCCAGUCUCAUGUGGGAUGUUGUUGUAGAGUGCCACUACAUCCAUACUGCCUAACAGGCAGUAGGGUGGUACAAUUACAUUUUCUAGUAGGAUCAGAGUCUGCUUAGUAUCUUGAAGAUACGACGGAAGGCCAACUACAAUUGGAUGUAAAAGUUUCUCAAGAAAUUUACUACUGCGCUCAGUGAUGAAACCAUUCCCCGAAACUAUGGGUCGACCUGGUGGUUUAGAGAUAUUUUUAUGUACUUUAGGGAGGCAGUAUAGGGUCGCGAUAGUUGGAGUGAGAUUAGGUAAAAUAAAUUUAUAUUCAUCUUGUGUUAUUAUUCCACUGAUUAAUGCUGGUGUUAGAAUAGACUUUAACUCAUUAAGAAAUUGUGGCGUGAGAGAGUUUCUGAUAAGCUUGUACAUCCUCAAGGUGUUCCAUACACAUUUCCAAAUAUUGAUCUCUAUCCAUCAAAACCACGUUCCCCCCUUUAUCAGAGGGUUUGAUUACAAGAUCAACAGCUGUAGUCAAUUAUUUUAGGGCUCGUCUCUGAAGUAUAGUCAGAUUGUCAUGUCUGGUUCUGGACAUAGGAAGAGAUUCAAUAGCUGUAGUGGUCAUUUGAAUGAAUAAAUCAACGCUCGACACUUCACUUAGGUUUGGAGUGAACCAACUCUCUGGUUGUAAGUUGGUAAGUGGAGCUAUAGAGUCCUGUUCAUCCAGCAGUGAUAAUAAUGUCUGCUGGAGACAGAAAUCUUCAUAAGGGAUGCCGGCCUCUUUAGCUAGUUUAUGGUUCUUUCUUUGAUGUACUACAUUAAGGGCCAGCUUACGCCCAAAUAAGUUAGUGUCCUUUAUCCAUUCGAAUUUAUUGGCGCUUGGAGUGGGUAUGAAUGACAAUCCCUUAUUGACAAGUGAGAUAUGGUGUUUGGUCAAGAUGAAUUUUGACAAAUUUAUAAUUUGAUUAGGAUCGUUACUGUCUAAUAUUGAUUUCUUCUUUUGUCUCGUUUGUAACCCCAUUUUUGUCUGUCUCUGAGUUUUUCCCUCUGUGGGAGGGGCCAAUCCUCCUCUAAAAAAGGUUGUUCUACAUUAUUAGAUGUCUGAGGGGUCUCGGAUACUGGGGUAUCCGGAAAGGUGACAUUCCUAGUUCUGAGAAUACUUCUGUUCGUGGAUGAUUGUGUCUUUCUAUAAGGUGGAUCCUUCCUAGAUAUAUUAGAAUCAGAGUCAGACCAGUCCGUAUUGCCAGAGUUUGAGCUAUUUUUGCGAUUAGUAUAUUUUCUUGAUCUAUUUUUAGAACAAAAAAUAUUGCCUUCCUGGAAAUGCAGAACAUACACAGCUUUCACUGUGUUUUAAUCGGGGUAUUGCUAUCCCAAAUGUGUCUCUGCAUUCACUAGAUAGGGCGCGAUUUCUUUUCUUUUCUUUAUUCUUAAGUUUUUGUUUCAUUGAUUCUUCGGUUUAUUCUGUCGUUUGCACUAUAUUGCAGUCAAUCCAUUACUGUAUUCAGACUAUUCUUUUUUUUUUUUCUUUUUAUAAUAUUCAGGACUGGUAAAUCUAGGGUUAAUGUGUGUUCGGCAAACAUAGCCGCAGACACACUCCGCCUACUGUGUGACAUCAUCUUUCGAUCAUCCAAUUAGAACAUUUUUAGUCUGGCCAAUCAGCUUUCCAGUCCUUACUUUUAAACGCUUGAGUUGGCGGCACCCAGUUCCCCUCUGACGAGCUUUGGCGAAACGCGCGCGUCAGGGGAUUCUGGCGCUGCUUUAUCGCCAUUAUUUAUCAUAUUCUCUUUAUAUUCUGUAUCUUCUUGUUUUAUCUGCUGUCUCAUUUAGGAGAUUCACGAGUGGGGGUUAGUCCUGGUGCCCAUGAAGGCACAUGGGGGGUUCCUAGGUUGAGGACGGUAUUUAUUCUAUUAGUUUUCCGCUUAUUUCUUUUUCUCUCAUUCUUGGCAACAGCAGUAUACUUAUUUAGCCAUUUAAACACGGCAUUACAUUCUGCCAUAUUUUAGCAGGAGCUUUCAUUAUAAUCAAGGCUUUCUGUCAGAAUUCUCUUCUGUUCCUAUUACUAUUUAGUAAACGCUACUAUGUACUAUUUAGUACCCUACAGCUGUCAGAAUCUCUCACUUGAUAACUUUGCACUUAUUUUGUAACAUCUGUGCUCACAAUAUAUUGCUGUCUAUUUUAACAACGUUAGUUUUGGUGCCGUAUGCAGAAUUGGAUGCUGCAUUCUAACUCUGUAGCAAUAGCUUUAUACCAGCUCAGCUGCGUACUACUAGGACCAUUACUGCUUUUUUAGAUUUUGAAGCAGACAUUAGCCCUCUGGUAUCGGAUACGUUCUAGUUAACACUAUAAUUACUGCCAUUGGGCACUCUAUCUCUAGUGUUUUUUCGUAUUCUGACAUUUUCUUACGAUACAGCUAUCUAGCUUUUUUUGUUUAUUGUCGAUCCUCACAUGCAAAUUUUCUCUUUCUUUUUAUUAUAUAUAUAUAUAUUUUUCUACCAAUUUAGCCCCUUGUAGCUAUACCCAUAUAUUUGGAUUAGCUCUACAUUAUUUUAGGUAUUACAUCAUCACCUUAGGCGUCCUCUCCUUCGCCCCCCCCCCUCCCUUCUCUCCUCUCUUCUUUUCACUCUGCACAGACGUGUGCGGUGUAGUAUUUUUUCAACCUGAGACAUCAGAAAUAUCCUCUCACUUUGGGAUAUCGUUUUGCUUGAUUUUAUCAGUAUAUUAGUGUUCCAUUCUUUAUUUUUUGAUACUUUUUAGUAUUUAUAUUUAAUAAAGUUAUUUGUUAUUUUAAUUUUAUAUUUUCUCCACCCAAUAUGUACUUUAUCUGUACAGUUUGCACUUAGUGAUAGUUUCCUUUUUGUCCUAUUUGAUAGGUUCUCUCACCACAUUUUCUCUUGAUAAACAGAUAAUAGUGUAGUAAGGUAAGUAUAAUGAGUAUAUGUAUGAGUGUUUCUAAAUGGUUACACUCAAAUUUACCAGAGCUAACUCAGAGCUCAGCUGUAUACGCGUGCAGCAGUAUGCUCCUUGGUAGUCUCAGGCAGAAUAUAUGUGGAGAGACAUAGAAAGAUCCAAUAGUGCAAUAUAUACUGACAAAAUAAAUAAAACAAGGUAUAAAAUAACGUACUCACAUUUGCUAGAGCACAACUUGCUCUAGUUGGUGUAGCAUAGGUGGUAUAAUCCCCACCAGGGAAUGUGAUGGCAACCAGGAGGUAAAGAAGUUGAAGUCCAAAAUAGAUAAAGGAUAAAAAUAUACCUUUUAAUGACAACAGAAAAUAAUAAAAUAGUAAAAUAUUGGUAAAUACUUUUAAAAGUCCCACUUGACGCGUUUCAACUAUAGAAGGCUUCCUCCGAAGUGUGACUUCCUACCAGCUACCUCCGCAUGGGAGGGAAGAGAGCCAGGCCGCGGGAGCCACGCCGACUCAUAUCAGCCACAGCCACCCUCCUGCAAAAAAAGGUAAGCAAAAUUAGCUAUGUAUGUAUGUAUGUACGUACGUAUGUACGUACGUGUGUGUAUGUAUGUCAGUAUGUGUUUAUGUAUGUAUGUCUGUGUGUAUGUAUGUAUGUUUGUCAGUAUGUGUUUAUGUAUGUAUGACUAGUGUGUGUGUGUGUGUAUGUCAGUGUGUGUGUGUGUGUGUAUGUAUGUGUGUGUUUGUGUGUAUGUAUGUCAGUGUGUAUGUGUGUGUGUAUAUAUGUAUGUAUGUCAGUAUGUGUUUAUGUAUGUAUGUCUGUGUGGGUGUAUGUAUGUAUGUCAGUGUGUAUGUGUGUGUGUGUAUAUAUGUCAGUAUGUGUUUUUGUAUGUGUGUGUAUGUAUGUAUGUCAGUGUGUAUAUGUGUGUGUGUGUGUAUGUCAGAAUGUGUUUAUGUAUGUGUGUAUGUAUGUCAGAGUGUAUGUAUGUGUAUGUGUAUGUAUGUCAGUGUGUGUGUAUGUAUGUAUGUAUGUCAGUAUGUGUUUAUGUAUGUAUGUCUGUGUGUGUAUGUCAGUAUGUGUGUGUGUAUGUAUGUAUCUAUGUCAGUAUGUGUGUAAGUAUGUCUGUGUGUGUAUGUAUGCGUGUAUUUGUAUGUCUGUGUGUGUGUAUGUGUAUGUAUGUCAGUAUGUAUGUGUGUAUUUGUAUGUCUGUAUGUCAGUAUGUAUGUAUAUGUAUGUCAGUAUGUGUGUAUUUGUAUGUCUGUGUGUCAGUAUGUCUAUGUAUGUGUAUGUAUGUGUAUGUCUGUAUGUCUGUAUGUAUGUGUGUCAGUAUGUGUGUGUUUGUGUGUGUUUGUGUGUGUCUGUAUGUUAGUAUAUCUAUGUAUGUGUAUGUAUGUCAGUAUGUGUUUAUGUAUGUAUGUCAGUAUGUGUAUGUAUGUAUAUGUGUAUGUAUGUCAGUAUGUGAGUUUGUAUUUCUGUAUGUCUAUGUAUGUGUGUGUAUGUAUGUAUGUGUCAGUAUGUAUGUGUAUGCAUGUCUGUAUGUCAGUAUGUGUAUGUCUGUAUUUCAGUAUGUCGGUAUAUGUGUGUGUGUGUGUGUGUGUGUAUGUCUGUAUUUCAGUAUGUCAGUAUGUCUGUAUGUGUGUGUAUGUAUGUAUGUCAGUGUGUGUGUGUGUGUGUGUGUAUGUCAGUAUGUCUAUGUACGUGUAUGUAUGUCAGUAUGUGUGUGUAUAUGUGUGUAUAUGAUCUGUACUUGGACCCAUUCUUUUUAAUAUUUUAAUAUUUUUAUUAGUGAUAUUGCAAAAGGUCUUGAUGGUAAGGUAUGUCUUUUUGCUGAUGAUACAAUAUGUAACAGGGUUGAUGUUCCAGGAGGGUUAAGCCAAAUGGCAAAUGAUUUAGGUAAACUAGAAAAAUGGUCAGAGUUGUGGCAACUGACAUUUAAUGUGGAUAAGUGCAAGAUAAUGCAUCUUGGAUGUAAAACCCAGGGGUAGAGUACAGAAUAUUUAAUAGAGUCCUAACCUCAACAUAUGAGGAAAGGGAUUUAGGGGUGAUUAUUUCUGAUGACUUAAAGGUAGGCAGACAAUGUAAUAGAGCAGCAGGAAAUGCUAGCAGAAUGCUUGGUUGUAUAGGGAGAGGUAUUAGCAGUAGAAAGAGGGAAGUGCUCAUGCCAUUGUACAGAACACUGGUGAGACCUCACUUGGAGUAUUGUACACAGUACUAGAGACCGUAUCUUCAGAAGGGUAUUGAUACCUUGUAUGUCAGUAUGUCUGUGUAACGGCACCCCAGGCAUAAAAGGGGUUAACAGCCGUUUAGGAGAUAUUCCCUUCCAGAGACACAGGCACAGCUACUGCAGAACACCAAACUCCCGAACUGGAUACAAGGGAAUGCUCCAAACUCCCGAAUUGGAACCAUACGAAUAGCUGCUAGCAGACGAACAGGAAAAGCACCCAAGCGGCUUACACUCCUGGCAAUCAGUCUCUAACAGCAUACAGUAAAUCCCCUCAAAGACGAGACAAGGCUCCGUGGUGAGGGUCAAGCAGUGAUCAGAUAGAGCUGUGUGUUUAUUGUUCUUAUGUACACAUUCUUACACAUAACCACCCACAGGGUUUUGUGGAACAUCCAAUCAAAACAUAUAACACAGAUAAACACUCCCACAAUGACAUCACACUCCCUCCUCUCUAUCCUGGAGAUAAUUAAGUGUUCUUGCAUAGCAAGACCACUUAUUGUUAUCUCACAUAUAUAUUAUUAAGUGUUCUUGCAUAGCAAGACCACUUAAUGUUAUCUCACAUAUAUAUUCUUAUUAAGUGUUCUUGCAUAGCAAGACCAGUUAUUGUUAUCUCACAUAUAUAUUAUUAUUCUUAUUAUAGCCAAAUUUGCCACCCUAACUCCUCCCACAGUUUUUACACUACAUAGACAAAAAUUUACCAAAACGUGCAGAUUGUUCCCGAUCUGAUUGCUAUUACUUUGUGGAACGUUUCGCCGAAUGGUUCACGGAAUAUCGUCGUUCUUGUGGCGAAAUUUGUCCCAUAGGAAUGAAUGGCAAAGCUAGAGUGGGAGCUGGCAAAAGCUGAAAAAUCAGGACAUGAUUUCUAAACUGCCACCACUCCCUUAUUGUCAGGCCCACCUACACAAAUCUUAUAUCAAAACGUUCAGCUAUCUCUGCUGCCACUAGAAAUGUCCACGGCUAAGCCAUAGUCCUGAUAGAUUUCACAAUAUGACCAUUUGUUUGCAACUCACGCCUUCCAUUGACAUUCAUUGAAACUUCACUCAAGCCAGCUCAAAUUUGAAGUGCAAUUUCUAAACUGCGACUGUGCCUUCAUUUUUAAUACUUCAGAGACAUACUAUGAAUCACAAUGUAGGUCUGGGUCUUGUUAUUCUCACAAUAUAAAGCUCUUCGCUGUAGGAUUUAUAAUUUUUAAAAUACGACCAUUUGAAGAUGGCAGCCGCCAAAAUACUCUGACCUGUGCCAGGCUUCAGCAGCAAGUGAUGUCAUAGACAGGGCCUUUUGAACACCUGCUAAUGUUUUUAUAAAUGUAUGGUUUAAUGUAACUGUGCAACAACGUUGCAAUUAAAUGUGCUAUAUAAAUGAUAACAGUUACUCCGCCCACUCCAGUUGUAGACUACUGGUGGAGGCAAGAACACUUCACACAAUUUCCCCAGAAAUUGUAGCUUUUCUAGUUCUUAUUCUUAUUCUUAUUAUAGCCAAAUUUGCCACCCUAACUCCUCCCACAGUUUUUACACUACAUAGACAAAAAUUCACCAAAACGUGCAGAUUGUUCCCGAUCGGAUUGCUAUUACUUUGUGGAACGUUUCGCCGAAUGGUUCACGGAAUAUCGUCGUUCUUGUGGCGAAAUUUGUCCCAUAGGAAUGAAUGGCAAAGCUAGAGUGGGAGCUGACAAAAGCUGAAAAAUCAGGACAUGAUUUCUAAACUGCCACCACUCCCUUAUUUUCAGGCCCACCUACACAAAUCUUAUAUCAAAACGUUCAGCUAUCCCUGCUGCCACUAAACAUGUCAACGGCUAAGCCAUAGUCCUGAUAGUUUUCACAAUAUAAUCAUUUGUUUGCAACUAACGCCGUCCAUUGACAUUCAUUGAAACUUCACUCUACAAAGCUCAAAUUUGAAAUGCAAUUUCUAAACUAGAAAAGCUACAAUUUCUGGGGAAAUUGUGUGAAGUGUUCUUGCCUCCACCAGUAGUCUACAACUGGAGUGGGCGGAGUAACUGUUAUCAUUUAUAUAGCACAUUUAAUUGCAACGUUGUUGCACAGUUACAUUAAACCAUACAUUUAUAAAAACAUUAGCAGGUGUUCAAAAGGCCCUGUCUAUGACAUCACUUGCUGCUGCAGCCUGGCACAGGUCAGAGUAUUUUGGCGGUUGCCAUCUUCAAACGGUCGUAUUUUAAAAACUAUAAAUCCUACAGCGAAGAGCUUUAUAUUGUGAGAAUCACAAGACCCAGACCUACAUUUUGGUAAAUUUUGGUAAAUUUUUGUCUAUGUAGUGUAAAAACUGUGGGAGGAGUUAGGGUGGCAAAUUUGGCUAUAAUAAGAAUAAUAAUAUAUAUGUGAGAUAACAAUAAGUGGUCUUGCUAUGCAAGAACACUUAAUAAUAUAUAUGUGAGAUAACAAUAAGUGGUCUUGCUAUGCAAGAACACUUAAUAAGAAUAAUAUAUAUGUGAGAUAACAAUAAGUGGUCUUGCUAUGCAAGAACACUUAAUAAUAAUAUAUAUGUGAGAUAACAUUAAGUGGUCUUGCUAUGCAAGAACACUUAAUAAGAAUAAUAAUAUAUAUGUCAGAUAAGAUUAAGUGGUCUUGCUAUGCAAGAACACUUAAUAAUAUAUAUGUGAGAUAACAUUAAGUGGUCUUGCUAUGCAAGAACACUUAAUAAGAAUAAGAAUAAUAUAUACCGUAUAUACUCGAGUAUAAGCCGAGUUUUUCAGCACAUUUUUUGUGCUGAAAAACCCCAACUCGGCUUAUACUCGAGUCACUGUCUGUAUUAUGGUAAUUUACAUUGCCAUAAUACAGACUGGGGGCUGGCAGCGAGCGCUUACCUCUCCUGCAGCUCCUGUCAGCUCCCUCCAUUUCCUCGCCGGUCCGUGCAGCACCUCGGUCAGCUCCCAGAGUAAGUCUCGCGAGAGCCGCGGGGUCAUAGUGCGGCUCUCGCGAGACUUACAGUGACAGAGGAGCUGCACGGACCGGCGCGGAGGAGGAGAGAGCUGACAGGAGCUGCAGGAGAGGUAAGUAACAGCUCUGCCAGCCCCCCUCCUCCCCCCACUGAACUGCCAAUGGACCACCAGGGAAGGAGAGCCCCCCUCCCUGCCAUGUAUCAAGCAGGGAGGGGGGACAAAAAAUAAAUAAAUAUAAUAAUACAUAAAUAAUAAUUAAUAAAAAAAUAAUAAUAAAACAAAAAAAUUAAAAUAAUAUUACUUUUUUUUUUAUAAAACUGCCCACCCCCCCACCAAGGCUCUGCAACACACACAUACACACUGCAUCACACACACACUGCAUUAUAUACACACACACUGCAUUAUAUACACACACAUUGCAUUCAUACACACACACUGCAUUCAUACACACACUGCAUUCAUACACACACACACACUGCAUUCAUACACACACACUGCAUUUACACACACACUGCAUUCAUACACACACACUGCAUUUACACACUGCACACUCAUACACACACACUGCACACUCAUACACACACUGCACUCAUACACACAAACUGCAUUCAUACACACACACACUGCAUUCAUACACACACACACUGCACUCAUACACACACUGCAUUCAUACACACACACACACUGCACUCAUACACACACUGCAUUCAUACACACACACUGCACUCAUACACACACUGCGCACUCAUACACACACUGCACAUUCAUACACACACUGCAUUUAUGCACACACACUGCGCACUCAUACACACACUGUGCACUCAUCAUAUACACACACUGUAAAUAAAUAUUCAAUUAAUAUAAUUUUUUUAGGAUCUAAUUUUAUUUAGAAAUUUACCAGUAGCUGCUGCAUUUCCCACCCUAGUCUUAUACUCGAGUCAAUACGUUUUCCCAGUUUUGGGGGGUAAAAUUAGGGGCCUCGGCUUAUAUUCGGGUCGGCUUAUACUCGAGUAUAUACGGUAUGUGAGAUAACAUUAAGUGGUCUUGCUAUGCAAGAACACUUAAUAAUAAUAUAUAUGUGAGAUAACAUUAAGUGGUCUUGCUAUGCAAGAACACUUAAUAAAUGUAUUUAGUUGUUCUGAUAUACAGAAUAUAUAAUGUGUCUGAGAUUUUAAGUUUUUUUUGGUAGUUACAGGUCACAAAGCACAAGGCGUAAACUAAACCUUUAACGUGGAGCGAUUUUAGAAUUUGGUAUGUUUGUCUUGUAAGCUUAAUAGCCAUAAAAGAAAACAAAAUUGCCACACAAAAGUAUAUAUUUAUAUAAAGUAGACAUCACGGGCUAUUUACCUAAGGUUGUUUUGACACUUUCUACGUAGCCAUUUCAUCGCCAACCUCUGCUAAAUAUUGGAGUAAAAUUGUGUUCUUUUUGUUUUUUGGCACACAAACUUAUCACAAAGAAAUUCUCAUGUAUAUUUUGUAAAGUUGGUGUUUGCUAUUCCUGUACAAAGUUUUAUUUUGUGUUCAAUAACAUCUGCUGAGUAAAAUGACACCCCCAUUGUAUGUCUUUGGUACUAUUUCGUGAAGUUACAGUGCCAUAUAGGAUACCUGUCCUUUUCAGUAUUCACAGUAGAAUUUUGAGAGACGGAUUUAAUGAGCCUAUGCUUCCAUUUGGGGUAUUAUAGUAGUUUGACUGUUCAAAAAAAACCCACAAAGGCCUACCAUUUGUAAAAGUAGACACUCCAGGGUAUUUCAUAAGGUGCAUAUUGUGCCUUAACAUGCCCCCAUUUUUUCCCAAUAUAUGUCAAAGUAUGUGAUAAAAAAUAAUUUUGUGCAUUUUUUACAUAUGGAUUGCAUUUUUGCUGGGCAUUUUGUAUAUUUCAUAUGUGCCACUAAGUUCAAACCCCCCAAAUUAUGCUCAGCUAAGUCUUCUGAGUAAAAGGACACCCCCAUUGUAUGUCUUUGGCACUAUUUCGUGAAGCUACAGUGCCAUAAAGGAGACCUGUCCUUUUCAGUAUUCACAGUAGAAUUUUGAGAGAUGGAUUUAAUGAGCCUUAGCUUCCAUUUGGGGUAUUAUAACAGUUUGACUGUUCAAAAAAAACCCACAAAGGCCUACCAUUUGUAAAAGUAGACACUCCAGGGUAUCUCAUAAGGUGCAUAAUGUGCCUUAACAUGCCCCCAUUAUUUUACCAAUAUAUGCCAAAGUAUGUGGUAAAAAAUAAUUUUGUGCAUUUUUUACAUACGGAUUGCAUUUUUGCUGGGCAUUUUGUAUAUUUCAUAUGUGCCACUAAGUUCAAACCUCCCACAUUAUGCUCAGCUAAGUCUUCUGAGUAAAAAGACACCCCCAAUGAAUGUCUUUGGCACUAUUUCGUGAAGCUACAGUGCCAUAUAGGGGACCAAGCCAUAUAUGUUACCGAACUUUGAAUUUUGACGCUGGGCCUAUGUGCAAUUUCCAAGCAUCUACGCAGGUUUUAAAUUCAAACUACCCCACAAAGGCCUACCAUUUCUUAAAGUAGACACCCCAGGGUAUUUUAAAAGGUAUAUUUUGAACCUUAGCAUGGGAUCAUUUUUCUGCUAGCUUGUACCAAGUGUAGUGGUAAUAAGCGUUUUUUCUGCCUUUUUGACACACAAAGUGAGUUUGCACAGUAUAUUUUGCAAACCUUAUGUGUGCUACGACUGUAUAAUACUUCAUAUGUUGCUCAGCUAUGUCAGCUGAGUACAGCAAUACCCCCGUAUGUACCUUUGCCAGGUAUAUGUGGAUGUUGAAUGGGCGCAUUUGAGAUGCAGCCAUUCACUUUUUUUCUAACUUUGACGUUUUACGCUGUGUCCAUGUUCCAAUUUGGAGUAGUUUAGACGGUUGGCUAUUGAAACUUCCCCACAAACACAUACUAUUUAUUAAAGAAUACACCCUGGGGUAAUUCAAAAGGCAUAUUUUGAACCUUGGAGUGUGAUAUUUUUGUCUCUAGUCUGUUCCAGGUGUAGUGGUAAUGAGCCUUUUUAAAUGUAUUUUUUUUUUCUUUUUUAAACUUUUUUACUUUUAAAAACUAGUUUUUAAACAUUUGUUUUGCUUAUAAAUUUUUUUAAACUUUCCUAAACUUUCUUAAAACUUUUUUACAGAUUUAACAUUUUUCUUUUUUUUUACCGUUACACCUAACUAGCGGUAAGCAGCACUAACAGUAAAUUCCCCAUUCUCCCAUAACUCCCACCCACCCCAGCUAGCAAAAUAUAUAGUUAUAAAAAAUUUAAAUUAAUUAAUUAAAUAAAUUGAACCCCUGAGGGUUAAAAAAUAAAUAAAAGUUAAUCCUCAGUGGUUAAAAAAAAAUUAGAUCACAGUAUAAUACUGUGAUCUGUAUUUGAUCACUGUAGGCAGUGAUCGACUGGCAGGGAAGGGGUUAAUUUUUAUUUGGACUGGGUAAAGGGGUUAUUUUAUUUUUUUUACUUAAAUGUUAUUAAAACUUUUUUUAAGCUUAAUUUUUAACUUUUUAAAGUUUAUUUUAAAACUUUUUUUUUAACGUUAACCCCUAGUUAGCCUAACGCCAAAUCCCCCAAUUCCCCACUAACUUCCAUCCACCCCAGCUAGCUAAAUAUAUAAUUUUAAAAUCUUUAAAUUAAUUAAUUAAAUAAAUUUAACCCCUGAGGGUUAAAAAAAAAAGAAUUAUCUCUCAGGGGUUAAAAAAAAAAAAUCAGAUCAUAGUAAAAUGUAAUCCCUGCCAAUUGAUCACUGUAGUCAGUGAUCAAUUGGCAUGGAAGGGGUUAAUUUUUUAUUAAAAUGGGUAAAGGGGUGUGGGAUUUUAAAUUAACUUUAUUUUUUUUCCAACAGGGGGCAGGAUCAUCACUGUUCCGGCUCCCUGCACUUCACACAGAACCAGGAAGUGCAGGGAGGCGGAAGGUAAGUAUACUAAUCACAUGUGCUCGCUCUGACAUGCUGUCAGAGCGAGCACAUGUGCUGGGCAGCCGGAUCGGGUGCUCACGGUCUGCCUCUAAUACAGAGGCAGACCGGAGCACCAUUAACCCCGCGAUCGCCGCAAUAUGUCCGUCACUCGUCAUUAAGGGUUGUGACGUCAUUAAGGGUUAAGGGUUUCCCCUGAGUGACGGAACUCAUCUGUCACUCAUCCAGAAGGGGUUAAGCACAUGGCAGUAAAAAGACAUUAAAAUACAAUAAAAUACACAAGAUUACAUUUAUUACAUAAAAUACAGACAUGCAACAUAUCCCCAGAUAGCUGAGCCCACAUUAUUACUGAAUGGCGCUCAGACCACACACAUACAGUUCAAUUGCCAUGGAGCCAAAGUCUUUUAUUACACGAAUAGGCUCCAUGGCAUAGCUAUCUGGGUUAAAUGAGUUCAUUCAGUAAAUCCGUGAAUGAACCUGCCGGGUGUGAACUGCAGACUGCUGCCAUCCAGUGUUCAGUAUGCGUAGCCGCGGCCACCCAGUAUAGUCAAUAAAGCUGCGGUUAACCGCAGCUACUGGGUGGUCAACUGGCGGCGCUCGCCGGCUUCUGGGCAGCCAAUUAACGGCGCCUGCCAGCUAACCGCUGUUGCUUGGAGGCCAAUAGACGGCUGUUUGUUCGGUAGAUAGAAUCUACCGACCGCCCGGGCAGAAAUACAUGAAUAGACCUUUCUGCAUAGGAAAAUAAAGUAUUUAAACGCUUGUCCAUAGUCAAAAGGCAGCAGGCAGGCAACCAGGCUCCUCCAAUGCACAGUGGCGAGAUUGGUCUCGUCACAUCGCUACCCUUUUCCAAACAGACUAACAGGGUAUCUGACCUCCUGCCGGUCAGUGCCCUGAUUAGUCCAGCAGCCCACCCACAAAACAGAAACAGCAGUACAGCCCACCCACAAUAAAUGAUUACUAUACCUGAGUAAGGGAGAAACUUGUCCAUAUCCAGGUGCCUCACCACGGCUGUGUGAGGGACUGGUAGGCUGCCUUGGUGGGUUGCUGAGUGGGCAGAGACCAGCGGUACUCUGCCCUGGUGCCAGCACUACCAUGGAAGUAGCCUGGUUGGAGCCUGGUUGCUGGAGGGGUGGACCAACUGUCUCCCCUUUGGAUACACAGCUCUGCUGCUGGAGGGGGAGACCGAUUGUCUCCCCUUUGGACAAACCACCGGCUUCUGGGCAGCCAAUUAACGGCGCCUGCCAGCUAACCGCGGCUCCUGGGAGACCAAUAGACGGCUGUUUGUUCGGUAGAUAGAAUCUACCGAACGCCCGGGCAGAAAUACAUGAAUAGACCUUUCUGCAUAGGAAAAUAAUGUAUUGUGACGGUAGUCUCCGUCACUGGGGCUGGAAGACAGAUACUAUAUGUAGGUCCCCAGAUUCCUCUUGUGUUUUGAUCAUCCUGUGACCAGUAUUAGUGCAGGGUAUGUUUAAUGUAUUGCUUGUCUGUGCCUCUCCCCCUCCCCCCUUUUCCUGUCCCAUUGUUUUUCCAGCCAGGGCUGGUGCAAAGAAUUUUGGGUACAUAGGCGAAGAUGCAUUUUUCCGCCCACCCAAAAACAUCUUCACCCAUGUGCCUCUUAACCUCCCUUUUGUGUUUCUUAUCCCGUCUUUUAAAUAUCUGACUCCCUUUAGUGUAUUUUAUCUCCUAUUUUUGCCUUUGUGUGUCUCCUAUCUCUCUUCUUUGUAUGACUCUUACAUCCUUCCACAUUUUGUGUCUUACUCCUCCCAGCCCCUUUGUGUGACUCCUUUUCUCCCAGCCCAUUUGUGUCUUUUAUUCUUCCCAGCUCCUUUGUGUGUGUCUCUUUCCUUCUCAAGCCCCGCUGUGUGUUUCUUUCACAUCCGGACCCUCUCCCCGUCCCUUAAUGGUCCCCUCCCUUCUCUGACCCUUACUGUUCCUUUCCCUUCCCGCCUCCUUUCCCUGUCCCUUAGUGUUCCUCUCCCCUCCCCCAUCUGUUGGCUGUCGCUUAGUGUUCCUCUCCCCCCUCCCUCCUUUUCCUGUACCUUAGGGUAUCUCUCCCCUCCUCUCCCUGUCCCUUGGUGCGCCACCCACCCCCAUAGUGGUCCCCUCCCCUUUCUGGUGUGCCUCCUACCUUUUUUUGUAGCGUGGCUGAGCGGAGCGAAUCCCGGUACAGUGAGCUUUUCCUGUAAGUUCUGCCAGGUACAGGAAACAGAAGUUCCUGUACCACGGUACACUCCACUUGGCCAGGGGUGUAUAAACACUGACAGUCACACACACUCAAUGACAAACACACAGACAUCUCUGACAGCCAGACUCACCUAUCUGACACACUCAUUCAUUGACAGACACUCACACGCACACUGACAGACUCAUUGAAAAACACACACUGACACACACACACACAAACUCACAGACACUGACAGACACACGUACUCACAUGCACACAUGCACAUACUGACAGACACACAUACUCACACACACACUGACAGAACCACACACACACACAAACUCACAGACACACACACUCACACACACAUACUCACAUGCACACACACACUGACAGACACACAUACUCACACACACACUGACAGACACACAUACUCACACACACACUGACAGACACACAUACUCACAUGCACACACACACUGACAUACACACAUACUCACACACACACUGACAGACACACAUACUCACACACACACUGACAGACAUACUCACAUGCACACACACACUGACAGACACACAUACUCACACACACACUGACAGACACACAUACUCACACACACACUGACAGACAUACUCACAUUCACACACACAAACCGACAGACAUAAUCACAUGCACACACACACUGACAGACACACAUACUCACACACACACUGACAGACACACAUACUCACACACACACUGACAGACAUACUCACAUGCACACACACACACUGACAGACACACAUACUCACACACACACUGACAGACACACAUACUCACAUGUACACACACACACAGAAAUUAAUAAUCUUAAUUAAAUUUCCCACCCAGCCUCCCUACCUGGAGAGCUGGCGUGGGUCUCUCAUUGGUGGUCCAGUGGGGCUGCUGGGAGGCGUGCGGAUGAAUUGGAUGCCGAGGUGGCGAGGGAGCUCUGAUCUCUCUGAUCUGCUCCCUCGCAGGCUGUUUACUGAUGCCGCGGGAGCCGGAAUAUGACAUCAUCAGUAAGCAGCCUGCGAGGGAGCACAUCAGAGAGAUCAGAGCUCCCUCGCCACCUCGGAAUCCAGUUCAGCCGCACGCCGCGCCGAGGAUCCAGGAGGUGACCUGGCAGGAGGGAGCACUUCCCUCCUGCCGGUCACUGGAAUUUUGCGCCCCCAGAGCCGGUGCGCCCUAAGGCGGUCGCCUGUGCCGCCUUAUGGACGCGCCGGCCCUGUUUCCAGCAGGGUGUUGUCCCAUGAACACUGCCAGACCAGUUUGAACUAGCUGCUUUGUCCCUCCCCAAUCUCCCAUCAGCCCUUGCUAUUGUGUGACACCACCCUUCCUUGUACUAUAGUACUCUAUGCAACCUAUUGUAUGUAAAUGAGGCUGUUGGGGGGCCUAAAAUGUGUGUGCUACGUCUAGUAAAGUUAGUUGCUCUUUUAACCUUCACCAAGUGUCGUCUGGUGUUUGGGGAAAUCUGCUGGUGGAAAGUGUGUCCAGGGCUAUAUACACAGUAUAUUCAGGGUGGAAAAGGCCCUCAGUGAUCCCAGUCAAGCCCCGGCGACUGGGUCUGUAGUGCUCCAGGGUCCCUGAUAGCUACGAGGAAGCAGACUUGAUGGAGGUACUCGGUCCGAGUCCUGGAGCUCCGUCACAGGUAUUGUCAGAACAGUUUUAUACAUGUUUUUACUAUUUUGUGUUUUUUAUGUCAUAUUUAGCAAUAACAUUAGAUAUAUCUUCUCCGUAGAUGAAACAAUGGAAAUUACUCCUACAAUGGAAACUUCUAACUGUCCUGCUAUUACUAUUGAGAUUAAAAACACACUUAAGAAGAUAUCAGUAUCAGUGGACCUUGUUCUUGCUUUGGAAGUACCAGGGAUCUGGCCUGAAGCAACUGGAGACGGAAUGAAUAUUGAUUGUUGGUUAGGAACCAAAAUGAGAAAUGAGUACAAGUACGAGAACGUCUGCUUGGUAGCCAAGCAGCCAGAUGAAAGUAAAGACAAAGGUAAACUUGAUGAAUUGUCUGUUUAGUCUACAUGCAAUGUUUGUGCUAAAGGAUAUGCAAUGCAGGUAAUAUGGAUGUGAACUGCUUACAUUGUGUAUGGAGAAUGUUGUUUUAAAAAACAUGCUACAUGCUAAUUAAACAAUCCAAACUUGAGUUAACUGCCUCAUUUUAUAGUAUUUUAGUGAAAGGUAUUAAACUUAAACUUUAUGCGGCUUCCACAGUGAUCAGACCACAUAGUGGUUCAAACUAUUCUAUUGCUCCCAUAACUUUUUAUAGGACCAUGGAGGUUAUAGGGAUGUCUGUGUUUAGUGGAGUUGCAGUUCAUUUGUAAACUUGUUGGUGAAAGACUGGUGGUGCCAAAUGGUCACCCUUUAACCCUCAUUAUUAGGCAGUUGGUGAGACACUAACAAUCAAAUCAGUUUACCUAACUCUGAAGCUUGGAAUGGUUUUUUUGGGGGUUUUUUUAGCCCAAGGAUAAAAUGUAUGGCUCCUCUCACAUAUGUUAAAAUGAAAAUCCAGCGCAUUCACUUAUCUACUAAACAGUUAUUUUAGUGCUGAACCAUUUUGUUAGUUUUAUUAAAAACACCUAAUCUAGGCAAAAAUAAUGGGGGUUUAGUUACAUUAUAUGAUCGUACAUGCAUAAGCCUGCCACAACGUCAGUGUAUCCCAUCUUUGGCAGGUCCUACUCUGUCUGCUAAAUGAGCUACUCACUUGGGGAAAUCCUUCCAUUUAAGCUCUCUGCAGUACAAGGCUUAAAUAGGGUCCUGAGAUGAGGCACCUGUAACAGGGAGGGGUGCAGAACCAAGUUUUCUCCUAUAUGUAUAUAUUUAGGAGUCAUUUAGCAGACAGAGUAGGACCUGCCAAAUAUGGGGUACAUUGGCGUUGUGGCAGGCUUAUGCAAUGUAUGAUCAUAUAAUUUAACUAAACCCCCCAUUAUUUUUGCCUAGAUUAGGCAUUUUUAAUAAUACUAACAAAAUGGUUCAGCACUAAAAUAACUGUUUAGUAGAUAAGUGAGUGCGCUGGAUUUUCAUCUUUACUCUACUUAUUGGCCCCCAACAGCACCCCAUUUAAGUAUGUUUAGGUGGGUGCAGCCAAACCCUUGUUUCCUCUCACAUAUGUUCACUCAAGCUCCUCCCUAAAUCACAUGCCGUAUGCCACACUGUACUAUUGACACACACAAGCCCAUACUCACUCACACACACACACACACAGUGUAAAACUAUUUUAUUUUUUUAUUUCAUCCUGUUCCUCUCUGUACCUUUCUCUCACCUCUCCUUACUUGUCUCCUUCUUAUCGUGGUCAUUAGCGAAUGUCAGAACACAAAGAGACAAUGAAUUCCUUGCCCUGACCCUUCACCAGUGCUGCUGCAUGCACCUGGCAGGGCUCAAAGAAAAAAAAACAUGUCUGCUGUUAUCUAAGGAAUACUCUCCCUUUCAUAAAAUGUAUGAGUAGAGUUUAUAUUUGUUUGUCAAGAGUUUAUGUUUUGUUUCCAUUGUUUACAUAUUUAGUGGAAGCCUGGCGCCUUUCAUUUUCACACAUCGAAAAGGAAAUAAUUAAGAACCAUGGUAAUUCAAAAACCUGUUGUGAAAGUAAAGAACAAACAUGCUGCAGGUGAGUGUAAUUUGAAGUUCCUGUAUUGUAAUUAUUCAUUAAAGGAACACUCCAAACACCAUAACAACUGGUGCGUACAACAGUCAUUUUUUCCAGUUUGUCCACUUUGGCCCUAAAUGUGAAAUCUGUUUUAAAUUCACCUUCCAUUCGCCACAAAUCUCACUUUAGUGUAUAACUUUGCAGUUGUUUAACACAUUUUUGUUUUGCAAGUUUAAAGAGAAACUAUAGCGCUACGAAUACAAACCUGUAUUCCUGGCACUAUAGCUCCCUCUGCCUCCCUCCCUCAAUGAGCUGAAGUGAUCCCUACAGUGUCCCUUUAACCUGAUUCAUGACUUUCCAUAAUUGAACUUUCCUGAAUUAUAUUUGGAUUGCCACUGCUAAAUAUUCCAUGCUACAGCUACUCAGAAGUAUUGUGCAGAGCAAGACUGUAUAUAUUGUAUCUUUUUAUUGCUAUUGUUAUCUUAAUUUUCUACUGAAGAGGACCUAUUACUCUAAACUAUCUUAAAAUAAGUUGGCAGCAUGGCAAUGUGUGAGAUCAGAGCAUGAACAAGAUUAAGAAGCAUGUUUUACAUAAUAGAUGUGGAAUAUUCACCCCGUGAAAGUAGAAAGUCAGAUACUUUGGUGCAGGAACAAUCCAAAUUGCUUAUACACUGACCAGCCACAGCAUUAACACCACUGACAGGUGAAGUGAAUAACAUUGACUAUAUUGUUACAAUGGCACCUGUCAAUGGGUGGGAUAUCUUAGGCAGCAAGUGAUCUUUCAGUUCUUGAAUUUCAUGUGCUGGAAGCAGGAAAAAUUGACAAGUGAAAAGAUCUGAGUGAAUUUGACAAAUAGUGAUGGCUAGACGACUGGGCCAGAGCAUUUCCAAAAUGGCAUUUCUCAUAGGGUGUUCAUGGUAUGCAGUGGUUAGUGGUUACAAAUAACAUACAAUAGGACAUUCCCCAAAUAACUUCAAACAUCAUCCCAAGGAAUGAGCACCAUAUGUAAGCUGAAUCUAUCUUUGAAGAGUUUGAAUGCCAAAUGUCUUGUUUACAGCAAACACCUUGAACCACUUUCCGGGAGACAGGACACUGAUUUCCUACUCGAUGACGUGUUGUGGCAUCAGCUUCUUUAGAUCACAAUGCAUAUUGACUCACAUACUACCCUUACAGGGCCAUACUGGCUCACCGGGAUACCGGGAACUUUCCCGGUGGGCCAUCGGCACCUGGGGCCGGGUAGGCAGCUGGCUGACCUGCGGCCGCAGAGGGAGCUGGCUGUUGUGUCUCUGCUCCCCCGCCCCAGCGCGCAGCAUAAUGAGACCGGAGACGGAAUAUGACGUCAUAUUCCGGCCCCAGUCUCAUUAAGCUGCGCGCUGGGGAGCAGAAACAGAAGAGCCAGCUCCCUCUGUGUCAGUGUGAGUGUGUGUGUCUCUGUCUGUGUCAUGGUGUGGGUGUGUCUGUCUGUGUCAUGGUGUGUGUGUGUGUGUCUGUCUCUGUGACGGUGUGUUUUUGUCAUGGUGUGUGUGUGUCUGUCUGUGUCACGGUGUGUGUGUGUGUGUCUGUGUCACGGUCUCUCUGUGUCGUGGUGUGUGUGUCUGUCUGUGUCACGUAAUGUGUGUCUGUGUCAUGGUCUGUCUGUGUUAUGGUGUGUGUGUGUGUGUCUUUUUUAAGGUGUGUGUCUGUCAUGGUGUGUGUCUGUCUGUGUCAUGGUGUGUCUGUAUUUCUGUCUGUGUCACGGUGUGUGUGUGUCUGUGUCAUGGUGUGUGUCUGUCAUGGUAUGUGUGUGUAUGUGUGUUUUUACUCACAAUUUUUUCCCCCACGUCGUGCUGGUCUCUAUGGCUGAGAUCAUCACGCUUGAUGAUCUCAGCCAAUCCGCACUGACACAGGAAGCACCUCUAGUGACUGGCAUUCUGAGUGUCUGUCACUAGGAAGCAAUGUAAACACUGCCUUUUCUCUAAAAAUGUGUGUUUACACUGAAAAGCCUGCAGGGACAGGCUAUAGACACCAAAACCAGUACAUUAAGCUGUGUGGGUGUGUGCGCGCCUGCUAGUGAGUGGGCCUGCUUGUGUGUGUGUGUGCCUGCUACUGAGUGAGCUUGUGUUUUUAUGUCAAUGACCUUAUGUAUAUCAGUGAGAUUGUUUGUCUAUGAGGCUGUGUAUCAAUCAGCUUGUGUCAGUGAGAUUGUCUGUGUCUUCAUGUGAGUAUGCUUACUGUAUAAUUAAAAAUUGUACUCUGAAAGGACUAAUAUUUUAUAUUGGAAAAAGAUAUAAAUAUGUAUAUAUAAAUAAAUGGCUGUAAUAGAAGGCUGCACUCGCGGAUUCCAUAAAAUAUAACUUUUAAUCAGUCCUGUUAAAAAAAUCAACGUUUCAGUCCUACUUGAGGACUUUCAUCAGGAUUAUACAGACAAUGUGCAAAAGACAGUGUAUAUAUAUAGGUUACAAUAAAAUGUAAAUAGACUCACCCUAGGUGCUCUGUGUUUUGGCCAGCGUCUAACCCGGAAAUGUGCACAUGUGCGAGGCUAAACUCCGCCCCCAAACGUGAGGCCAAACCUAUGCGGCCAUCGUUGUCAUAGAAACGUGACCAAACAUAAAGUGUUGCGAUCAGGAUUCUAUCCUGAGCACAUGUGAGGGGUCUAACCCACCCCCUAGCAUGACAACAUUGUAUAUUAUUGCAUUAGUAACGCGCUAUGGACAUCUGAUAUGACUUAAGCUUACAAUCAUACAUGCUAGUAUUACUAGAGAAUAUUGUGUGAUCGGACAUUUUAUAAGUGGUGAAGCACCAAAGGGCAUCAUAGGACAAUGAUGUGUGGAAAACAAUAUAUAGAAGUAAAGUGCUUGCUGCUGUUUAAAGUGUUGGUGUAAAAUCCAUCAAUAUAUAAAGUGCUGUGACUAUGUAAGUCUCUGCCAUUGAUGGCAUCUUGGAGCCUAUUGCAAAAUGGCUUGAUUACCUUUUUCAGGGUCCAGUUGGGCAAUUACAUACCUGUAUUAAAGACACUCAAUCUCUUAUAACUAACAGCAAUAAAUUAUGAUACAGUGACCAAACACCAGUUCUAAUAACCAUGGAUGUGCACAGCCUAUACACAGUGAUUCCACAUGAAGCCGGUGUUGAAGCUAUGCGAUAGAUAUUAACUCAAGCUACAGCCUAUCAUGGCCCCCCUAUAGAGUAUAUCUUGGAACUACUCAUUUUGACUCUACAGAAUAACUAUUUUCGAUUUGAGGACAGCUGGUAUCUUCAGGUGUCAGGCACAUCAAUGGGGGCACCCAUGGCGCCGAUGUACGCCAACGCCUACAUGUAUAUCUAUAAGAAAGAAUAUAUAUUAGAGAAAUACCAACACAACAUAUUGGCUUACUACAGAUUUAUCGACGAUUUGCUUAUUAUAUGGAGUGGAACAAGCGAAUCAGCCCAUGAAAUGGUUCAAGACCUCAAUCUUCUCCCAACGCCUGUGAGAUUUACUGCAGACAUCAGCACCAAGGUGCAGACAUCAGAAACAAGAAAGUGCAUUAUCUGGAUUUAGAAAUCACAUUGGGGCCAAAAAAGCCUACAGUACUCUCUUUAUACAAAGCCUACGGACAGAAAAUACACUCCUCCAUUACCAAAGUGCACAUCCCAGGGCUCUGAAAAACUCACUACAUAAGGCACAGUUCCUAAGUGAUUAGGAACAAUUCAGAUAUGGCAAUUAGAUCCUUGAAAUGAAAAGCACAUUUCUACAAAGAGGAUAUGAUAGGCACAUACUUGACAUAGCGCUACAAGAAACACGGAGUGCAUGUGCUGUUGAAGUAAGGAACAAGCCUUCUAAUUUGGUUUUCCCAAUGCUAUAUCACCAAUCCACUCUUCAAGUGGCAUCGGUAGUCAGGAAGAAUUAGAGGAUCUUGUCUUGCGAUGACACACUCCCAAAAGUGUUCAAAGAAAAGCCAUUGAUAUGUUAUAAAAGGAACAGGAAUCUGAAGGACAUGUUAGUCCAUACGGACCCCUCCCAAAGCUAUAUUAAAACAUCGAAAGAGCAAAUAAGAGGGUCGGUUAGAUGCCUUGGUUGCGUGACUUGCAGCCACAUGACACCUGCAAGAACUUUUAGUCAUCCUCAUAACAACAGAAAAUACACUAUCAGAUAUACCAUGACCUGUAAGACGACACAUGUGAUUUAUAAAUUAUGUUGCCCUUGUGGCUUGUUCUACAUUGGGAAGACGGAGAUGGCCAUCUGUGAACGGAUCAGGGUACACAGAUCGGAUAUUCGACUGGCAUACAGAGAUACUUACUCAGACAAACCUGUUGCAAAGCAUUUCUUUGAAUUAAAACAUUCAUUAGCUACAUUAAAAUUUCUGGCGAUUGAUCACAUCCCUGCCCCUAGGAGAGGGGGUGAUCGGGGGAAGAUGCUCCUGAACAAAGAGGCAUACUGGAUACAUGAGUUGGACACGUUAUCCCCAAAAGGACUAAAUGAAGCUUUGUCUCUACAUUCUUUUGUGUAGUUUGAAUCCAUUCAGUUUUUAUGUCCCCUAAUGCUAUUUUAAUGUGGUUUUUUUUCUUGCUUUUUCUUUUCUCUUUUCUUUUUCUAUUUUUCUUUCUAUUAACUGUUGAUUUUUUGUUGUCCUCGGCCCAGAUGCAAUGUUGCAAGCCUUUUUAAUAAAAGUAUUCUAGGUAUCAGUAACUACUUUAAGUGUUUAACACACGAUAUCUGAUACCUGAUAUAAUAAUAUCUUUAGCCAAUAUUGAGAAGAUAUAUUCCUUAAGCGAUAGAUGUAAAUUUAUUACCUAGUAUAUAAUCUUUUUCCAUUGUAAAUAUAGCAGGCAGUUGUAAGCCAUCUUAUUUUAACAUUUGUAUUUUUCUCUAUAUUGAUAAUGUUGUCUUAUUAAGGUGACACAACAUCUUACUCAGCACUAAUGUCACUUAUAUAGUCACAGCACUUCAUAUAUUGAUGGAUUUUACACCAACACUUUAAACAGCAGCAAGCACUUUACUUCUAUAUAUUGUUUUCCACACAUCAUUGUCUGUUAAAAAAAAUCAACGUUUCAGUCCUACUUGAGGACUUUCAUCAGGAUUAUACAGACAAUGUGCAAAAGACAGUGUAUAUAUAUAGGUUACAAUAAAAUGUAAAUAGACUCACCCUAGGUGCUCUGUGUUUUGGCCAGCGUCUAACCCGGAAAUGUGCACAUGUGCGAGGCUAAACUCCGCCCCCAAACGUGAGGCCAAACCUAUGCGGCCAUCGUUGUCAUAGAAACGUGACCAAACAUAAAGUGUUGCGAUCAGGAUUCUAUCCUGAGCACAUGUGAGGGGUCUAACCCACCCCCUAGCAUGACAACAUUGUAUAUUAUUGCAUUAGUAACGCGCUAUGGACAUCUGAUAUGACUUAAGCUUACAAUCAUACAUGCUAGUAUUACUAGAGAAUAUUGUGUGAUCGGACAUUUUAUAAGUGGUGAAGCACCAAAGGGCAUCAUAGGACAAUGAUGUGUGGAAAACAAUAUAUAGAAGUAAAGUGCUUGCUGCUGUUUAAAGUGUUGGUGUAAAAUCCAUCAAUAUAUAAAGUGCUGUGACUAUGUAAGUCUCUGCCAUUGAUGGCAUCUUGGAGCCUAUUGCAAAAUGGCUUGAUUACCUUUUUCAGGGUCCAGUUGGGCAAUUACAUACCUGUAUUAAAGACACUCAAUCUCUUAUAACUAACAGCAAUAAAUUAUGAUACAGUGACCAAACACCAGUUCUAAUAACCAUGGAUGUGCACAGCCUAUACACAGUGAUUCCACAUGAAGCCGGUGUUGAAGCUAUGCGAUAGAUAUUAACUCAAGCUACAGCCUAUCAUGGCCCCCCUAUAGAGUAUAUCUUGGAACUACUCACUUUGACUCUACAGAAUAACUAUUUUCGAUUUGAGGACAGCUGGUAUCUUCAGGUGUCAGGCACAUCAAUGGGGGCACCCAUGGCGCCGAUGUACGCCAACGCCUACAUGUAUAUCUAUGAGAAAGAAUAUAUAUUAGAGAAAUACCAACACAACAUAUUGGCUUACUACAGAUUUAUCGACGAUUUGCUUAUUAUAUGGAGUGGAACAAGCGAAUCAGCCCAUGAAAUGGUUCAAGACCUCAAUCUUCUCCCAACGCCUGUGAGAUUUACUGCAGACAUCAGCACCAAGGUGCAGACAUCAGAAACAAGAAAGUGCAUUAUCUGGAUUUAGAAAUCACAUUGGGGCCAAAAAAGCCUACAGUACUCUCUUUAUACAAAGCCUACGGACAGAAAAUACACUCCUCCAUUACCAAAGUGCACAUCCCAGGGCUCUGAAAAACUCACUACAUAAGGCACAGUUCCUAAGUGAUUAGGAACAAUUCAGAUAUGGCAAUUAGAUCCUUGAAAUGAAAAGCACAUUUCUACAAAGAGGAUAUGAUAGGCACAUACUUGACAUAGCGCUACAAGAAACACGGAGUGCAUGUGCUGUUGAAGUAAGGAACAAGCCUUCUAAUUUGGUUUUCCCAAUGCUAUAUCACCAAUCCACUCUUCAAGUGGCAUCGGUAGUCAGGAAGAAUUAGAGGAUCUUGUCUUGCGAUGACACACUCCCAAAAGUGUUCAAAGAAAAGCCAUUGAUAUGUUAUAAAAGGAACAGGAAUCUGAAGGACAUGUUAGUCCAUACGGACCCCUCCCAAAGCUAUAUUAAAACAUCGAAAGAGCAAAUAAGAGGGUCGGUUAGAUGCCUUGGUUGCGUGACUUGCAGCCACAUGACACCUGCAAGAACUUUUAGUCAUCCUCAUAACAACAGAAAAUACACUAUCAGAUAUACCAUGACCUGUAAGACGACACAUGUGAUUUAUAAAUUAUGUUGCCCUUGUGGCUUGUUCUACAUUGGGAAGACGGAGAUGGCCAUCUGUGAACGGAUCAGGGUACACAGAUCGGAUAUUCGACUGGCAUACAGAGAUACUUACUCAGACAAACCUGUUGCAAAGCAUUUCUUUGAAUUAAAACAUUCAUUAGCUACAUUAAAAUUUCUGGCGAUUGAUCACAUCCCUGCCCCUAGGAGAGGGGGUGAUCGGGGGAAGAUGCUCCUGAACAAAGAGGCAUACUGGAUACAUGAGUUGGACACGGUAUCCCCAAAAGGACUAAAUGAAGCUUUGUCUCUACAUUCUUUUGUGUAGUUUGAAUCCAUUCAGUUUUUAUGUCCCCUAAUGCUAUUUUAAUGUGGUUUUUUUUCUUGCUUUUUCUUUUCUCUUUUCUUUUUCUAUUUUUCUUUCUAUUAACUGUUGAUUUUUUGUUGUCCUCGGCCCAGAUGCAAUGUUGCAAGCCUUUUUAAUAAAAGUAUUCUAGGUAUCAGUAACUACUUUAAGUGUUUAACACACGAUAUCUGAUACCUGAUAUAAUAAUAUCUUUAGCCAAUAUUGAGAAGAUAUAUUCCUUAAGCGAUAGAUGUAAAUUUAUUACCUAGUAUAUAAUCUUUUUCCAUUGUAAAUAUAGCAGGCAGUUGUAAGCCAUCUUAUUUUAACAUUUGUAUUUUUCUCUAUAUUGAUAAUGUUGUCUUAUUAAGGUGACACAACAUCUUACUCAGCACUAAAGCACUAAUGUCACUUAUAUAGUCACAGCACUUCAUAUAUUGAUGGAUUUUACACCAACACUUUAAACAGCAGCAAGCACUUUACUUCUAUAUAUUGUUUUCCACACAUCAUUGUCCUAUGAUGCCCUUUGGUGCUUCACCACUUAUAAAAUGUCCGAUCACACAAUAUUCUCUAGUAAUACUAGCAUGUAUGAUUGUAAGCUUAAGUCAUAUCAGAUGUCCCUAGUUACUAUGGCAAUAAUAUACAAUGUUGUCAUGCUAGGGGGUGGGUUAGCCCCCCGCACAUGCGCUCAGGAUAGAAUCCUGAUCGCAACACUUUGUGUUUGGUCACGUUUCUAUGACAAUGACGGCCGCAUACGUAUGACGUCACAUUUGGGGGCUGAGUUUAGCCUCGCACAUGUGCACAUUUCCGGGUUAGACGCCGGCCACAACACAGAUCACCUGGGGUGAGUCUAUUUACAUUUUAUUGUAACCUAUAUAUAUAUACACUGUCUUUUGCACAUUGUCUGUAUAAUCCUGAUGAAAGUCCUCAAGUAGGACUGAAACGUUGAUUUUUUUAAGAAGACUGAUUAAAAGUUAUAUUUUAUGGAAUCCGUGUGCAGCCUUCUAUUACAGCCAUUUGGAUGUUUGGAGCCCUGGUAGUGCACCCGGUCUUGGGAGUUGAAGUCUGAGUGCAAGGUACAGUUGUUUCUUUUAUUUAUAUAUAUAUAUAUAUAUAUAUAUAUAUAAAUAAAAGAAACAACUGUUAUAAAAAUAUAUAUAUAUAAAAAAAAGGUACAGUUGUUUCUUUUAUUUAUAUAUAUAUAUAUAUAUAUAUAUAAAUAAAAGAAACAACUGUACCUUGCACUCAGACUCAUCUAGGGUGGCCAGACAUAGCCUUACAUAUUACAUGCGACAAUAUAUGGCGCAAUGACUCAUGGGGCUGGCAUAGAUUUUUAUUCCAGGGCUGCUUUGGAAUCCCCAGUCCGGCCCUGUGCCCUUAUAAUGCACUCGCUCACACAAUUGUCGAAGAAAGUCUGGAUUUUAUGCUAGGAGUAACAACAACAUAACCAGAGUAAUGAUAAUAAGAAAUAAAAUAAAAAGUAAGGUGAUUAAGUAUAGUGAAAAUGCAGAAGGAAAUGUAAAAUUCCCUGAAAGUGGAUAUCAUACCGGGUGGACAAAAAUGAGAACGCCAUCUGGGCAUGACAAUAGGAGAAUGAAAAGAAAGAGCAGUCUUUGUCAUGCAGAGAAGGAUUGAGGGAUUUCGCUAACCAAUCACUUUGAUGCUUUGGCUAAUUAACAUGAUGAUCAUAAUAAUGACAAUAUUUUCCCACCAAAUGCACUCAUUAAUGUUGUGGAACUAUAAAUUAACAGAUUAUUAUUAGUAUUUUAAACAAAGGUCUUAAAUUCAUCCCAUCAGGAUUUCUAAUUAUUUCUCAGUGUAUGUUGAUGUUUUAAAAAAUUUUAGAACAGGAACUUUAAAAAUAGUUUUUUGAUAGAAAUGGCAACCUAAGGUAUUAAACUUGGGGUAUUUUGACUCUUUUCAUGCAACCAUUUUACCAUCAAUCUAUGCCCAAUUUAAAAAAAAUAAUAAUAAUUGGUGAUAAGUGAUGUCCCGAACGGUUCGCCACGAACGGUUCGCCGCGAACGGUUCACCACGAACAGUUCCCUGCAGACUCAUCAUUGAGUAAACUUUGACCCUGUACCUCACAGUCAGCAGACACAUUCCAGCCAAUCAGCAGCAGACCCUCCCUCCCAGACCCUCCCACCUCCUGGACAGCUCACUAAGAAUGCACCUUCAAAAUGGAUGCUGUCCAGGAGGUGAGAGGGUCUGGGAGGGAGGGUCUGCUGCUGAUUGGCUGGAAUGUGUCUGCUGACUGUGAGGUACAAGGUCAAAGUUUACUCAAUGAUGAGUCCGCAGAGAACCGUUCGUGGUGAACCGUUCGCGGCGAACCGUUCGUGGCGAACCGUUCGGGACAUCACUAUUGGUGAUUUUUUUUGACAUACAUAGCAAUUAAAGAAUAUAUGUACUGAGAACUUUAAGGGUUACUACCAAAGAACACCCCAAUAUGUAUUCAGCAACAUCUCCUGAGUACAGUGAUACCACCCAUGUCGAGUAGUCUGGGGGCGCAUUCCAGUUUUCCAACUUGGAAUUUCUACAGCUGGUCAUCAUGCACCCAUGUCCUAUUUGGGACAUUUUUGAAGCCGGACAAUGUAAUUUACCUCCAUCAAACCAUAUAUUUUUGAAAAGUAGACAACCCAGGGUAUAAUAUAUGGGGUUUGUCCAAUCUUUUUUAGUAGCCACAAACACAGGCCAAAGCUAGCAUUUAUAUUUGUUUGUGUGUUAAAAAUGCAAAAAAAAUUAUGAACGCUAACUUUGGCCAGUAUUUGUGAGUAAGUGGCUACUAAAAAAGACUGAACAUACCCCAUUUGCAAUAACUUGGGUUGUAUUCUUUUGCAAAUGAUAUGCAAUCAUGGGGCUAAUUCUCAUUCCUGGGCUACCCUCUCAAAGGCAACAUAACCAAUCUGAAAAAUUUAAAUGUGAAAAAAAUGGCCUUAUAUUUGACCCUGUUACUUUCAAAAACACUCUAAAACCUGUGCAUGUUAUACUCAGGAGACUUCGUUGAACACAAAUAUUAGUGUUUCAAAACAGUAAAAUGUACUACAACAAUAUCAGUAAAAGUGCCGUUUGUGUGUGAAAAAUGCCAAAAAAUUUCACUUUCACAGACAAUAUCAUCGUUGUGAUAUGUUUUACUGUUUUGAAACACUAAUAUUUGUGUUCAGCAAAGUCUCCCGAGUAAAACAGUACCCCCCAUUACAGGUUUUAGGGUGUCUUGGAAAGUUACAGGGUUAAAUAUAGUGCUAGCAAAUAACAUUCUCUGGACUUUCGCCUAGGUUGUCAGGCUGGUCCCCCAAAUUGCAAUCAAUAAAAUGACUUAAUUAUGUAAAAAUAUCACAUAAAUAUGCACGUAGAAUUUAAAUAUAUAUACAUAUUUAUAUAUUUGAAGUCUACGUGUAUAUUUAUGUAAUUAUGUAUACAUAUAUAUGUAUAUAUAUAUAUUAAUCUAAAAAUACAGUUAGAAUAAAGAGCUUGAAUGGCUAAUACACAAAGGGGUUAGAGGUGAUUUGGGAGCUGUCCCAUUUCAUGCUACUUGUGUUCUGUUGAUGAAGAAGGUGGAAUAUCUCAGCUCAGCAUUAAUGCAUCUAAAAUUUGGGAUGGUCGGACAUUACUGUGAAAUCUUAUUUUCAAUUACUGAUCAGUAGAUUAAGUGUUUUAGCCAUGCAUGUUUGUUUUCGAUAAGGAUUUACAUAUACAUAGAAAUUAACAAAACACAUGUUUUUUCUGUUUGCAUGUUUUUUUUCUUCUUAACAGGAAAGCAUGCCUUAAACUUUUGAAAUGCCUUUUGGAACUCAUAAAAAAUAAUUCCAAUAAAGAGAGCCUGGAUGUGUUCUGUUCAUACCACGCUAAGACUGCGUUCUUACAUUACUGUGCAAUGAACCCAUUAGAUACACAAUGGUUAACAGAAGAUCUGCAAAAAUGUUUUGAUGAUUUUGUUGGAUACUUUCUAACAUGCCUUAAAGAUGCGAGACUCCCUAACUUUUUUAUACCUCGUCACAAUCUGUUUGACAGCAGAAUUAAAAAAACAUGCUUUACUCUUCUUCAUGAUGAAAUAGAACAUGAGAAAAAUCAAGGAUAUCCAAUCUUUGAUAAAAUCUUUCUUAAUUGAUUAAACAAUUUCAAAGUGAUUUAUGAUUUUAAUAAUUGACGUAUUUUUCCCAUGAUUAACUCUUUGCCCAGCUCACCUAUGCAAAUGUUUUUGGUUUUUAUCUGAAUGUUUCUAGGAAGUUUAAAAAAAAAUAUAUAUAUAUAUAUAUAUAUAUCCUAAAAUGUUACACAAAAUGAUAGCGUAUCAAAGAGCAAUAGGAAGCAUCUACUGUUUACAUUGUCUUCCUAGAGUAAUUGCAGUAAUAUAAAAUAAUAAUUAAAUUGAAAUUUUACAUGAUUGUCUGGAGAGCUGAAUAGCAGUA